AUGAUUCUACGUUCAUUAGCCAACAAAGCCUCUGAUCCUAGGGAUGACCAGCAGUCUACGAUGCAGCAACCAGAGGCAAGUGUUCGACAGAAAGAGGAAGAGGAGCGAGUAAGAGAGAUGGAGGAGCCUCUUCAGCACAUUGAGACCAAGUCUCAGUCUGCAAGAUCAAGGUCAUCAAAACAGUCAAGCAGAUCCUCAACGGCGAGUUGUGCAGCCAUCAAAGCACGUGCCAAGGCGGACGCAGCGCGUGCUCGAGUCUCCUAUGCUGAAAAGGAAGCUUCUGUGAUGAAACAAAAAGCGGAACUGGAUGCAAGUUUAUAUGUUCUCCAAGUUGAGAGAACAGCUGCUGCUGCGUUGGCUGAAGCUGUAGCCUUUGAAGAAGCUGUAGAGUCUGAACGCAGAGAGCUCCACAGAGAACUCAACACAGGGACACAGCCCUUAAGUCCAGUCCAACGUACUUGUGAGUAUGUGCAACAACAUGCUAGGCCCUACUUUGCUGAAAUGCCAUUUGAAGUAGAGACACAAGAGCUUAGUGUUGACCCAGCUACAGGCCACAAUCCAGAAAGUAGCAAACAACGGAGCAUGAGCAGAGACUCUCCGUACAAAAGAAAUGAAAAGCAGCAUGGUGGAAAGGGAAAACAGACCCACUUCCAGUCACCGACACAAAGCUUCCCUGAGUCACAAGUGGCACCAGAACUCACCAAGUACCUCCUGCGCCGUGAGAUGGUGAGUUCCGGACUCCUGAAGUUUGAUGAUCGUCCUGAAAAUUAUUGGGCAUGGAAAGCAUAUUUUCUCAAUGCGACCAGAGACUUGAAUCUAUCAGCCAGGGAAGAGUUAGAUCUAAUUACCAAGUGGCUAGGGGCAGAGUCAUCUGAGCAAGCAAAGAGAAUUAGAUCUGUCUAUAUUCUCAAUGCAACAGCAGGGCUUAACAUGGUCUGGCAACGACUAGAAGAGUGCUAUGGUACACCCGAAGUGAUCGAGAAUGCACUGUUGAAGAAAAUUGAUGAAUUUCCAAAACUGUCUAACAAAGACAAUCACAAACUAAGAGAACUGGGUGACAUUCUUCUCGAACUGGAGUGUGCUAAAGAAGAAGGGUACCUUCCAGGCCUCGCUUAUCUGGACACAUCUGUUGGGGUAAACCCUAUAGUAGAGAAACUUCCAUUCAGUUUACAAGAGAAAUGGAUAGCACAGGGAUCCAAAUACAAGGAGGACUAUCGGGUAGCAUUCCCACCAUUCUCGUUUUUCUCGAGAUUCAUCAGGAACCAGGCGAAAAUUAGAAACGACCCCAGCUUCACCCUCUACACCUCAACUACCCAGGUGUCUGUGAAAAGUGAGAAACCUGUCAGGUACAGCAGCAAGACACCUUUGACUGUACACAAAACAGAUGUGUCAUCUGAGCCCUCAGACCACCAAACCAAACGCAGUAAGACAAAGGUUGAAAGCCCUGACCAUCACUGUCCAAUACAUAACAAGCCUCAUCCUCUUAAAAAGUGUCGCGGAUUUAGAUACAAAACUCUAGAUGAGCGCAAAUCAUAUCUCAAAGAGAAUGGCAUUUGUUUCCGAUGUUGUGGGUCAACUCAGCACAGAGCUAAAGACUGUAAGGUGUCAAUCAAGUGCUCCGAGUGUGACAGCGACAGACAUCUUGCUGCUCUGCAUCCAGGUCCAGCUCCUUCAACGACAGACACCGCUACAGCAGAGAAAGAGCAUGGCGGGGAGCAAGGUGAAGAUGCUCUUCUAUCAGUCACCUCAAAGUGUACCGAGAUCUGUGGUGAGGCAGCCAAUCCAAGAUCAUGUUCAAAAAUAUGCCUAGUCAAAGCUUAUCCAGCUGGGAAAAGAGAGAAAGCUGUCAAAAUGUAUGCAGUGCUUGAUGAACAGAGCAACACAUCUCUGGCCAAGACAGAGUUUUUCAAUCUCUUCAACAUCAAUGACAACUCUGCUCCAUACACCAUGAAGACCUGUUCUGGGGUAACACAGACUUCAGGCAGGAGAGCCGUCAACUUCAUGGUGGAGUCUAUAGACGGACACAAGCAGCUCACUCUCCCUACUCUGAUAGAGUGUGACAUGAUGCCAGACGAUAGAAUGGAGAUUCCCUCCCCAGACAAAAUUCCAGCUGUGGACCCAGACGCUCCCAUCCUCCUGCUCUUAGGACGAGACAUCUUAAGGGUACACAAGGUACGAGAACAAAUCAAUGGGCCCCACGACACUCCUUAUGCACAGCGACUCGACCUCGGGUGGGUCAUCGUGGGUGAAGUUUGUCUGGGAACGGCUCACCGACCAGCCAGUGUUAACGUGUUCAGGACAAACAUACUUCAAAAUGGUCGCACGUCCUAUCUGAGCCCUUGCCCUGACAUCAUCCAGGUGAAAGAGAACUACAGCAGCGUAGCUCAGCAACACAUUUCUCUCUCUACAGGGCACUCGAGAGAUCCAAGCACAACUGUGAACACAGACAGCCUGGGAUGUUCCGUGUUCAACAAAACACAAGACGAUGAUAAACCAGCACCAUCUGUGGAAGACAAAGCCUUCUUGGACAUUAUGGACAAACAGGUUUUCCAGGAUGAUGGAAACAACUAGGUGGCUCCACUACCCUUUCGCCCCACUAGACGUCGUCUUCCUAAUAACAGGGAGCAGGCCAUGAAGCGUCUCACAUCACUUCGUAGGACUUUAGACAAAAAGUCUGACAUGAAACUUCAAUUUAUUGACUUCAUGCAAAAGAUGCUGGAUAACGACCAAGCUGAACAUUCUCCGACACUAGAGGGAGACAAAGAACGCUGGUAUCUGCCAAUAUUUGGUGUUUACCAUCCACAAAAGCCUGAACAAAUAAGAGUGGUGUUUGACUCCAGCGCUGAGUGUCAAGGCGUGUCACUGAACGACGUCCUGCUCAGGGGUCCAGACUUAAACAACACACUCUUGGGCGUCUUAAUGUGCUUCCGCAAGGAUGGCAUUGCACUAACGACAGAUGUGCAACAAAUGUUUUACUGUUUUGGUGUACGUGAGGAUCACAGAGAUUACUUAAGGUUUCUCUGGUAUGAAGACAACAACCCAGAUAGAAACAUAACUGAGUACAGGAUGAAAGUCCAUGUAUUUGGGAACAGCCCCUCACCUGCCGUAGCCAUCUACUGCAUGAGACGAGCAGCUCUACAGGGUGAGAAGGAAUAUGGGUCAGAACCCAAGCAGUUUGUAGUGAGGAACUUUUAUGUCGAUGAUGGGCUGAUAUCAGUAGCUACUCCAGAAGAAGCUAUCAACAUUAUGAGAAAAACACAAGCAAUGUUAGCGGAGUCCAACAUGAAACUACACAAGAUUGCAUCCAAUAGCAAAACAGUUAUGGAAGCCUUCCCCAUGGAGGACCGUGCCAAGGACUUAAAAGACUUGGAACUCGGAGUAGAUCCUCUCCCUUUUCAACGGAGCCUGAGACUUUCCUUGAACCUGGAAACAGACAGCUUCACAUUCCAGGUGUCCCACAAUGAGAAGCCUUUUACACGGAGAGGCAUCCUGUCCACAGUGAAUAGUCUUUAUGACCCCCUUGGGUUUGUGGCUCCAAUAACAAUGCAAGGGAAAGCCUUAAUCAGAGAACUCUCUUCUGAUCAGAGUGAGUGGGAUGCCCCCCUUCCCACAGAAAAAGAAGAGGAAUGGAAAAUGUGGAAUGAAUCUUUGAUGGAGUUGGAACAUCUGUAUAUUCAGCGGCCCUACAUCCUAGUCUCCUUGUCUACCACUCAAAGAAGAGAGCUGCACAUCUUCUCGGAUGCCUCUACAGUAGCCAUAGGAGCGGUAGCCUAUCUGAGAGUUAUUGACUCGGAAGGUCAAUGCCAUGUUGGAUUUGUCAUGGGGAAAUCUAAAUUGGCCCCUCGACUGGCCCACACUAUCCCACGCCUAGAACUGUGUGCGGCUGUGCUAGCUGUUGAGAUGUAUGAACUGAUCAGAGACGAAAUAGACAUUGAUGUAAAUGCAGCCAAGUUCUACACAGACAGUAAGAUAGUUCUCGGUUACAUCCACAAUGUCACCAAAAUAUUUUAUGUGUAUGUUGCCAAUAGGGUAACUCGUAUCAGGAAGUCUACCCAUCCAGACCAGUGGUGUUACGUAAACACUGACAGCAAUCCAGCAGACCAUGCAACCAGGCCCAUACGAGCCGCACUCUUAAAGCACACCAGUUGGUUCUCAGGUCCCCCUUUUCUGGCUCAAGCAAACUCAAGUGAGUCUGAGACCAUCAAUUUUGACCUUGUAGAGCCUGACGCAGACGCAGAGAUUCGGCCAGACGUUACUGCCUUCGUCACUAAGGUUUCUGGAGCUCAAUUCGGCUCUCAUCGCUUUGAGAGGUUCUCGAACUGGAAAGCUCUCAAUCGAGCCACAGCAUGACUCAUUCAUGUUGCCAGAUCCUUUCACGAAAGUGCGGACGACAACAACUGCAGAGGCUGGCAUCAGUGUAAAAAACCAUGCAGUACAAGUGAGUUGUCACAAGCCAAAACAGCAAUCAUUCACUGUGUGCAACAUGAAGCCUUCAAAGAGGAAUUCAAAUGCCUUGAGAAAGGAAAAGAGUUACCAAAACAAAGUAUACUCAAAAAGCUGAACCCAGUGAUUGAUGAGGAUGGGUUGCUGAGGGUGGGAGGCCGAUUAUCCUCUGCCGACCUGUCACAAGACGAAAAACAUCCUCUCAUCAUCCCACGGACGCAUCAUGUCGCCACUCUGCUGGUAAGACAUUAUCACAAGCAAGUGGCUCACCAGGGCCGUCAUUUUUCAGAUGGAGCUAUUCGAGCAGCAGGCUUCUGGAUUAUUGGGAGCAAACAUCUGGUCUCUGGUAUCAUCCACAAGUGUGUCACCUGCCGUAAGGUUAGAGGAAAGUCAGUUGACCAAAAGAUGGCGGACUUACCUGCAGACAGACUCACAUCAGAGCCACCAUUCACCAGUGUUGGACUUGAUGUGUUUGGACCAUGGAAUGUCAUAACUCGUCGCACUAGAGGUGGUAGUGCAGACUCCAAGCGCUGGGCGGUACUCUUUACAUGUAUGUCUACUAGAGCAGUCCAUAUUGAGCUCAUCGAAUCCAUGUCCACAUCCAGCUUCAUCAACGCGCUGAGGUGUUUUUUCUCUAUCCGUGGUCCAGCAAAAGUGCUACGCUCUGAUCGAGGUACAAACUUUAUAGGUGCCUGCAGGGAACUUGGAAUCGACACAAAUGACUCAGAGUUGACGAAAUACCUCUCAGACAAGGGAUGUACUUGGAUAUUUAAUCCCCCUCACUCUUCUCAUAUGGGUGGUUCUUGGGAGAGACUCAUUGGGGUUGCCAGACGUAUCCUUGAUGCUAUGCUGUUUCAGACGGGCUCCACUCGUCUCACACAUGAGGUCUUGAGCACUCUUAUGUCUGAAGUUAUGGCAAUAAUCAAUGCGAGACCCCUAGUGUCAGUGUCAACCGAUCCUGACAUGCCUGCCAUUCUUACACCCUCAAUGUUACUGACACAAAAGACCAACGCUACCUCAGCCCCUUCUGGAUAUUUCCACAUGAACGAUCUUCAUGGAAAACAGUGGAAGCAAGUCCAGUGUCUCGCUGACACUUUUUGGAAAAGGUGGAGACAGGAGUACUUGACAACACUGCAGAGACGCAGAAAAUGGACAGCAGAAAAGCCAAAUGUGAAAGUGGGAGAUGUUGUCUUAUUGAAAGACAGUCAGACGCACAGAAAUGACUGGCCAGUCGGACUUGUGGUCAAAACCUUUCCCAGUACUGACGAAAAGGUCAGGAAAGUAGAACUAAAGGUUGUCAAGCAAGGGAUUGCUAAGGUGUUUCUGAGACCAAUCUCAGAGAUUGUUGUUCUUCUUUCUGAAGCAUCCUAGAGGCAAAAUAUUUUAUUUCAUAGUGGCACAAUUUCAUUAUACCAGGCGGGGAGUGUGCUGCCAUCUUGUUAGAAGGUAACAGAUUAUUUUAUUAUAGUGAUUAAGAGUGACUUUCAUUGUGUUCCAUGGUGUUUAGCGCCCCCUAGUGGAGCUUUCUGGUACUUAGAAUAAUGUACAAAAACCGGAAGUAAAGUAGUCAUUCUGCACGCAGACAAGCAGCUAGAAACAACGCUACUGUACAGUUCUUUCAGUGCAACUAUUUCUUGUUAUGCUUCAGCCUCGGAAAAUGUUUGUUUGUAAGUUCAAUUCAAGCAUAUUGCAAGUGAUGAUAAUAUUGUUAUUGACAGAAUUGCUUACUUAUCAAUGUUAGUUGGUUACAUUUACUCACGCAAAUUGCAUUGACUUUCAUGGAUGCCGUUAGCUGUAUUAGUUUGCUCGUGCGUCAUGUAAAAGAAGUGUAAAACAUACUAUAGUUUGUUACUGUUUCUAGUGUAAUAUGCUUUGUUAUUGUACAGAGGUGUUUGUACAUUAUUAGAGUAAUGAAAGGAGUUGGCUAGUUGUUACUCAUAGAGUAAUUAUCUAUUUGGUUUGUCGUCAUGCCAGAUAUAUGGUAACUUGGCACUUGCUUUGUAUUUAUGCAAAUUCAACUUGAAAUGUAUAAUGUACAGCUACAGUAUGUCAAUGUGAAUUGAAUACUAAAGUAUAUUAUUUUCUGUAUUUGCAGUUUCACAACAAACUUUUUCAAUACAUUCGUUCAAGAAAAGUCACGCCUUGGAAGUUUUAUUGAAGACUCAGUUGUUAGCUAUCUGUCUAGUUUUGCACAGGAACGCAAUUCCAGGGCAGAAUAUAAUUUUUUUACACAUAUUUAACCCAUUUUUUUGGUUAGGCACAAAACGACCUUUAUACUUCCAUUCAUUUUUUUUUUUUACCAUUACCGGUUACUUUCAGAUGAGUCCCGAGCAAAACAGAGCCCAUCGUGUUCGUGAGUGUCUCCCCUUUCCAUAGAGUGGUCAUAAUAGUUUGUAGGUCAAACCGUUCAGAUGCUACAGAUGUUUUUGUGAGACGUUUUACAUCUUUUAUAAUGUUACUUAGAUUGACGGACCGUUGCGUCAAUUAACUCCAGGGUGAUUAAAUUCAGGCUGUAACACAACAAAAUGUGGAAAAAGUCAAGGGUGUGUGGAUACUUUCUGAAGGCACUGUAUGGACUUGUGAGUGUGCAUUGAGUCAGUGCAAGAUGGGUUCAAUGCAGAUAGUCCAUGUGACCUUUUAAUUAACUAUUUAGCAGUCUUAUGGCUUGGGGGUGGAAGCGGUCUUGGAGCCUAUUGGUCCGAGAGCCGAUACAAAUGAUUUAUAGCUAUGUCGCCCCCCCCCCGCUAGAUAUGCUAGAUAUUCCGACAGUGCAGGAAUAUCUAGCAAGUAAUAUCUAACUAUUUCACAACAUUUACCCAAUGCACACAUCUAAGUAAAGAAUGGAAUUCAAGAAUACAGUGAGGGAAAAAAGUAUUUGAUCCCCUGCUGAUUUUGUCGUUUGCCCAUUGACAAAGACAUGAUCAGUCUAUAAUUUUAAUGGUAGGUUUAUUUGAACAGUGAGAGACAGAAUAAAAACAACAAAAAAUCCAGAAAAACACAUGUCAAAAACGUUAUAAAUUGAUUUGCAUUUUAAUGAGGGAAAUAAGUAUUUGACCACUCUGCAAAAUAUGACUUAGUACUUGGUGGCAAAACCCUUGUUGGCAAUCACAGAGGUCAGACGUUUCUUGUAGUUGGCCACCAGGUUUGCACACAUCUCAGGAGGGAUUUUGUUCCACUCCUCUUUUCAGAUCUUCUCCAAGUCAUUAAGGUUUCGAGGCUGACGUUUGGCAACUCGAACCUUUUAGCUCCCUCCACAGAUAUUCUAUGGGAUUAAGGUUUGGAGACUGGCUAGGCCACUCCAGGACCUUAAUGUGCUUCUUCUUGAGCCACUCCUUUGUUGCCUUGGCCAUGUGUUUUGGGUCAUUGUCAUGCUGGAAUACCCAGUCACGACCCAUUUUCAAUGCCCUGGCUGAGGGAAGGAGGUUCUCACCCAAGAUUUGACGGUACAUGGCCAUGUCCGUCGUCUCUUUGAUGCAGUGAAGUUGGCCUGUCUCCUUAGCAGAAAAACACCCCCAAAGCAUAAUGUUUCCACCUCCAUGUUUGACAGUGGGGAUGGUGUUCUUGGGGUCAUAGGCAGCAUUCUUCCUCCUCCAAACACGGCGAGUUGAGUUGAUGCCAAAGAGCUCGAUUUUGACCACAACACUUUCACCCAGUUCUCCUCUGAAUCAUUCAGAUGUUUAUUGGCAAACUUCAGACGGGCCUGUAUACUGUAUGUGCUUUCUUGAGCAGGGGGACCUUGCGGCUGCUGCAGGAUUUCAGUCCGUCACGGCGUAAUGUGUUACCAAUUGUUUUCUUGGUGACUAUGGUCCCAGCUGCCUUGAGAUCAUUGACAAGAUCCUCCCGUGUAGUUCUGGGCUGAUUCCUCACCGUUCUCAUGAUCAUUGCAACUCCACGAGGUGAGAUCUUGCAUGGAUCCCCAGGCCGAGGGAGAAUGACAGUUAUUUUGUGUUUCUUCCAUUUGAGAAUAAUCGCACCAACUGUUGUCACCUUCUCACCAAGCUGCUUGGCGAUGGUCUUGUAGGCCAUUCCAGCCUUGUGUAGGUCUACAAUCUUGUCCCUGACAUCCUUGGAGAGCUCUUUGGUCUUGGCCAUGGUGGAGAGUUUGGAAUCUGAUUCAUUGAUUGCUUCUGUGGAUUGCUUCAUUGAUUGCUACCCGGACUAUUGCCCCCACACCCCACCCACCCCAACCCCCUCUUUUACGCUGCUACUACUCUGUUUAUUAUUAUACAUAGUCACUUUAACUCUACCCACAUAUACAUAUUACCUCAAUUACCUCGACUAAACAGUGCCCCCGCACAUUGACUCUGUACCGGUACCCCCUGUAUAUAGCCUCCUUACUGUUAUUUUAUUUUACUGCUGCUCUUUAAUUAUUUACUAUUUUUUACUUAAAUGUUUUUAUUUUUUUCUUAAGAACUGCAUUGUUGGUUAAGGGCUUGUAAGUAAGCAUUUCACUGUAAGGUCUACACCUGUUGUAUUCGGCACAUUUGAUUUGAUUUCAACAUGAAAUCAUGAACAAAUGUCACAAUGUAAUUGGAUUUAGAUCAAUGUUGAUACGUUGAUAACUUUUUUCAAAUCAAAUCAAUUUUACAUUCAACAUCAUCACAUAUAACAUUUUGGUUGCAAUGACGUGGCACACGGUACCGUGAUCUCUCUCUCUCUCUCUCUCUCACUCACUCACUCACUCACUCACUCACUCACUCACUCACUCACUCACUCACUCACUCACUCACUCACUCACUCACUCACUCACUCACUCACUCACUCACUCACUCACUCACUCACUCACACACACACACACACACACACACACACACACACACACACACACACACACACACACACACACACACACACACACACACACACUCACACUCACACUCACACUCACACUCACACUCACACUCACACUCACACACACACACACAGCUCUGUCAGGCCCGUUUACGCUGUGAUUUUUUUCGGACACGACAGCCAUUGACACUGUAUAGAGGAGGCUAAUCUCGGCCAGAAGUGGACGGCUUUGGUAAUGUCACAGGUAGAAAAUGUCUCUCAGCUGUUAACCCAGUCACGUGCGUGUGUGCGCGCAUACAAUGGGUGCCCACUGUAACACACACCCCUAUCUGUCCCUUUGUCAGACGGCGUGUGUUCCCUUCUCAGAUGCACUGCACGGGUCAUUCAGUUAAAAUAGGAACGUUAUAAGGGCUUAGUUUGACAAUUAGCUUACCUAAUUUCAACCAAAUUGAUUUCCUAUUAUGGAGUGAAGAGUUUAGAUUUAAUGACGUGCAAGAUAGUUUAACAUUGAUUAGAUGACCCUUGGUAGAAACAUUUACCUCUCUCUCUCUCUCUCUCUCUCGCCCACACUGAUAUGGCACCUAUUAUUCAAGUUGAAUCAUAGCUUAUGCUGUCUCUUCUUUUCAUGUUCGUGAAACAAUAUGCCUUUAGGAUAUUCUUGAAAUAAUGAGGUUAGACAUACUAUUUCGAGUAGGUUAAUUCCAAAAACCCUAGUGGCUCUGUGUAGCCACCAAGCGAUGUCCAUGGUGCAGAAGUGAAUGGCUAAUGUGAAUUCCUGACCCGAUGUUAUGCUCUCCCGAGUGGCGCAGUGGUCUAAGGCACUGCAUCGCUGUGCCACUAGAGAUCCUGGUUCGUAUCCAGGCUCUGUCGUAGCCGGCCGUGACCGGGAGACCCAUAGGGCGGUGCACAAUUGGUCCAGGGUAGGGGAGGGAAUGGCCAGCAGGGAUGUAGCUCAGUUGGUAGAGCAUGGCGUUUGCAACGCCAGGGUUGUGGGUUCGAUUCCCACGGGGGGCCAGUAUGAAACAUUUUUUUAUAAUGUAUGCACUCACUAACUGUAAGUCGCUCUGGAUAAGAGCGUCUGCUAAAUGACAAAAAAUAUAUAUAUAAUGCUCGCAACAGUAAAAAUCUUUAUUGCGGAAUAUUUUACUUGUCAUCGUGACAUUAUUCUGCGCAUGGGAGGCUAUAGGUCAUAAGGCGUUCUGAUGCUGCCCUUAAAUUUAGCUGGAUCAGUUUGUCCAGUGUUCCUCUUUGGAGUCGAUUGAGUCGUAGCCUAGCCUACAUAUCUGUGAACACCCGGUACGUCACGUGUUGAACGCGGAACAAAGGAGAGCUUGAAAAGUCUCUGAAGUUUGAAAGUUUCUGAAAAAGUGUUCCAUUGAAAACAUUUGGUAACUAGCUACCAUUUGAAUUUGGAUCUCGCGAUACCGUUAUCCUCAGUUGCUGGGACUGCUAUAUCUGUCCAGGGAUUCUGCCAACCAAAAGUUUAAAGAGCUGCUUGGCAUAGCAGCUACCCUAGCUGCUAACUAGCUAUCAAGCUAGAAACGUUUCCUUGACAGCUUGAACACAGCCCGCGACAAGGUUUGCCCUUGUGGCUGGGACCAUUAAUUGUCCCAGGCUUGUGGUGGUCUAAAUCCCUGCUGUUUGUUUGUUUAAAUCUGCCAUGCGACGUGCCCUGUCUGGAACUGCGUGGAGUACCAGCGUUAGUCUACGUUGCUACCAUGGCAUCCAAAGCCAAAGGUGGGAGUCAUGGAGAGGACAGUGUUUCUCUGAAGAGGACAGCCAUCUUGUCCUUAAGCCUCAGGAACUUGACCACUAUUGGCCUGGGUCUGUCACGUAGGCUGAUCAUAUGUUUUCCAGACUUGUGGGCGUGCUCCAGCUCAAUCUUCGUAUGAUCCAUCUGCAGCUUUUCAGUGAUAAUUUUUCAUACUUUCUCCUCAGACUCGUCCCAGUUCUCAUGUGAAGAUUCUGGUAUGCUAUCCACAACGAUGUUAUUCCACCUGGAUUGUCCCUCUAUAUAAACAUGGGUCCCAUUAUGCCUGCCAAAAACCAAACACUGCAUUCCACAGCAAGAACCUUAUACCAAUGGUUAAGCAUGGUGAUGGUAGUGUAAUUGUUUGUGGAUGCUUGCCUUAAUAGACGGAAACAUGAAUUCUGCUCUGUAUCAGAGAAUUCGCUGUGAGAAUGUCAGGCCCAUCCGUCUGUGAGCCGAAGCUGAAUCGCAGACCCGGAUCCAAAACACACAAUCAAGUCUACAUGAAAACGGCUAAAAAGCUACAGAUUUAAAGUUUUGGAAUGGCCUAGGCAAAGCCCACACCAAAUCCCAAUUGAGAUGUUGUGGCAGGACUUGAAAGGAGCACAAAUGAAAACCCACAAAUGUCGCUGAGUUAAAGCAGUUCUGCAUGGAAGAGUGGGUCAAAAUUCCUCCACAGCGACGUGAGAGACUGAUCAACAACUACAGGAAGCAAUUGGUUGGAGUCAUUGCAGCUAAAGGUGGCACAACCAGUUAUUAAGUGUAAGGGGUAAUUACUUUUCACACAGGGGCAUUGGGUGUUGCAUAACUUGGCUUAUGAAAUAAAUUAAAUAAGUAUGUAAUUGUGUUAUUUGUUCACUAAGGUUCCCUUUAUCUAAUAUUUGGUUUUGCUUGAAGAUCUGAUAACAUUCAGUAUCAAAAAUAUGCAAAAGUAGAGAAAAUUAGAAAGGGGGCAAAUACUUUUUCACUGCACUGUAUUUUUUAAAUAUCCAUAUUAUGUCUAUCACCGAUAAGCUACCAAGGAAAGGGCUAAGAAUAGCCCAUAUUAAUAUAAACUACAUAACCAAAAGUAUGUGGACACCUGCUCACCGAACAUCUCAUUCCAAAAUCAUGGGCAUUAAUAGUGAGUUGGUCACCCCUUUGCUGCUAUAACAGCCUGCACUCUUCUGGGCAGGCUUUCCACUAGCUGUUGGAACAUUGCUGCGGGGACUUGCCACAAGAGUAUUCAUGAGGUCGGCACUGAUGUUGGGCGAUUAGGCCUGGCUCGCAGUCGACGUUCCAAUUCAUCCCAAAGGUGUUCGAUGGGGUUGAGGUCAGGGCUCUAUGCAGACCAGACAAGUUCUUCCACACCGAUCUCAACAAACCAUUUCUGUAUGGACCUCGCUUUGUGCACGGGGGCAUUGUCAUGCUGAAACAGGAAAGGGCCUUCCCAAAACUGUUGUCACAAAGUUGGAAGCAGAGAAUUGUCUAGAAUGUCACUGUAUGCUGUAGUAUUAAGAUUUCCCAUCACUGGAACUAAGGGGCCUAGCCCAAACCUUGAAAAACAACCCCAGACCAUUAUUCCUCCUCCACCAAACUUUACAGUUGCCACUAUGUAUUGGGGCAGGUAGCGUUCUCCUGGCAUCCGCCAAACCCAGAUUUGUCCGUCGGACUGCCAGAUGGUGAAGCGAGAUUCAUCACUCCAGAGAACGCAUUUCCAUUGUUCCAGAAUCCAAUGGUGGCGAGUUUUACACCACUCCAGCCGACGGUUGGCAUUGCGCAUGGUGAUCUUAGGCUUGUGUGCGGCUGCUCAGCCAUGGAAACCCAUUUCAUGAAGCUCCCGAUGAACAGUUAUUGUGCUGACGUUGCUUCCAGAGACAGUUUGGAACUCGGUAAUGUGUUGCGACCGAGGACAAACGAUUUUUACGCGCUUCAACGCGUGGCGCUCCCAUUCUGUGAGAUUGUGUGUGGUCUACCACUUGGAUUAAUGAUGAAUUAAAAUAUGGUAUGGUUCAGCUGAUUGGUUGACUUACUGUAACUUGAGAAAUGUUGUGAAUAAACUUAAUAAAAAUAAGAAGAAAUUGCAUAAAAAACUAUGGAAAAAUACUUUGGAGUACCUUAAAUUAUAUCAUAGGCAGAAAACCCAAUUAAUCUCCCUAAUUUCUUUGAAGUUGGUUGGGUAAUUUAUAACAAAAUCUUUCAAUAUUGCCAAUCAUUUCAAUGACUAUUUCACUGGUAAAGUGGAAAAACUCAGAAGUGAUAUGGCAUACUUUAACAGUGAACCAUUAUAUUUUUGUAUAAAUGAUAAAAUAAUGAAAGAGAAGGAUUCCUGUUUUGAAUUUGGUCAAGUUAGUGUGGGAGAAGUGGAAAAACUAUCCAUCAGUAAUGAUAAGCCACCAGGUAUAGAAACUAUUGAGAAUAGUAAUAGACUAUAUUUAACAAAGCCUAAAGGAGUGUGUGUCCACAGACGUGGAAAGAAGCUAAAGUAAUUCUAAAGCCUAAACAUUGUAAAGCACAAUUUGCUAGCUCUAACAGCCGCCAAAUCAGUUUGCAGCCUGUUCUUAGUAAACUGAUGGAGAGGGUUGUGUUUGACCAAAUACAAUGAUAUUUGUACAUGUUAACUACGGACUUUCAGCAUGCAUAUCGAGAAGGGCACUCAACUUGUACUGCGCUGACUCAGAUGACUGAUGAUUAGUUAAAAUAAAUGGAUAAUAAGAUGAUAGUUGGAGCUGCAUUGUUAUAUUUCAGUGCAGCAUUUUUAUGUUAUUGAUCAACAACAACAUGCAUGCCAGUCAUUCCUGGUUGAGGGUUGACGAGACAUUAACUGCUUCUUUUCUAGUUAUGAGAAAUAUUACUGUGAAGAAAAUGUAGAAUCAAAUAACAUUCAGCUCAGACACCCAUACAUUUACAUUUACAUUUUAGUCAUUUAGCAGACGCUCUUAUCCAGAGCGACUUACAUUAUCUUGUUUAUGUUUGUUUUUUUAUUUUUUUAUUUUUUUCACACUGGCCCCCCGUGGUAAUCGAACCCACAACCCUGGCGUUGCAAACGCCAUGCUCUACAUCCCUACAAGACAUACCACCAGGUCUUGUCACAGUUUUAUACAGAGACAUGAAUUCCCUUCCAUCUCCAAUUACUCAAGCAAACAGAAAAAUUACAUUUAAAAAUCGGAUUAAAAAACAACUCCUGGAAUGGCAUGGACUGUGAGGGGAUACACACACAAACACACUCUAACACAAACAUCCUUUUUUUGUUGCAUUAUUUGUAUAUUGUGAUAUUUUACAUUUGUGUGACUUUCCCUGUCUAUCAGUGUAUCACGUUUUUUGUUUUUAGUGGACACAAGGAAGAGUAGCUGCUGCUUCUGUAAAAGCCAAUGGAGAUCCAAAUGAACAAAUAAACAUAUGAGGGCUCCAUCACAUCCUCAGGGUUUCUCUGCACAUUAGAAAAACCCAAAGUAAUCCAGUUUUCUCUAAUCACGACAAUUAGUCCAUUAAUAAAUCGUCGGACCAUGACAGACGUUCUUUGUAACUCUCUUCUCUCCAAACAGCCGCUCUCAAUACACGCGUUGAUUAAAGCGCAGAUUAACCAGCAGUGUCCCUGUGCGCCCCACUAGCAGCUCGCUCAAUAUCAAUUAUAACACUGCGAGCAGCAGCAUGUUGGCAUGGGUGGCUCUCUUUCUCACGCUUUCCAAUGGCCUAAUUGUGUUGGUGGUAAUUUAUCGGUUUAGAAAGGCAGGAAAACAGUAAUGAUCAACGUUCAGGCAGGUACGGGGCCUUGACAGACCAGGACCUUAAACUUUCACAGGGAAAUGUAGGCCUUCUCUUAUAAACACAAUGCUAAGAUGGCUAGCAGCUAGCUCAGACUACAAUAUAAUAAAUGUGUCUUUAAUCUAUCUGUUCUUAUCUAAUUGAGGACCUCACACACACCCAAUAGUCUGAAAGCAGCACAGGGUGAGCAGCAGAGCAGUGCCAUAGUACCUUGCUUAAGGGCACAAUGGCAGUAGGUAGCACCUGAGAUUCUGACGGCAGCAACCUUUGAGUCGCACUGGCUCACUCCCGGCAGAUUUUCCCAGUCGACCCUCUGAUUUGAACCAGCAACCCUCUGGUUACUGGCCUGCUUCUCUAACCUUGAGUGUACUGCCACCACCAGUACCGCUCAGCAUAAUUUCAGUAGAGCGGGAGAGAAUGUAGCCUAGAUUAGACCAGGUGGCCUUAGGCCUAAACCUGUAGCGUAGCCUAUUGGAGUCACUUUUGUAAAUAAUGAUUUGUAUUGCCGCAUGAAGCAGGUCGUUAAAAUAAAUGCACAUUUCUCCCCUCCACUGACCUACUAGCUUUUGCAGAAUUGAAGCUAGUCACAGCUGAUUUUAUUUAUUUAUUUCAUUAUGGAGUAUGUUCCAAUCGAAGCAUAGAAAGAGGCACGAAAGCGCCUCUUGUCCUCAGGAGGCUGAAAAGAUUUUGCAUGGGCCCUCGGAUCCUCAAAAAGUUUUACAAUUGCACCAUCGAGAGCAUCUUGACUGGCUGCAUUACCGCUUGGUAUGGCAAAUGCACCGAUCUCGACCGCAAAAUGCUACAGAGGGUGAUGCGGACGGCCCAGCACAUCACUGGGGCCAAACUCCCUCUAUAUCAGGGGGUGUCAGAGGAAGGCCCGAAUAAUUGCCAAAGACUUCAGCCUCCCAAGGUAUAGACUGUUCAUUCUGCUACCGUCCAGCAAACAGUACCGGAGCAUCGGCUCUCGGAACAACAGGCUCCAAGACACCUUCUACCCCCAAGCCAUAAGACUGCUAAAUAGUUAAUUAAAUGGUUACAUGGACUAUCUUCAUUGAACCUAUCUUGCGCUGACUCAUUGCACACUCACAAUACUUUACAGUGCCUUCAGAAAGUAUUCACACCCCUUCACUUUUUCCACAUUUUGUUGGCUUACAAAGUGGGAUUCAAAUUGAUUUAAUUGUCAUUUUCUGUUUACGAUCUACACAAAACCUUUUUUUUAUGGAAAAUAAAACAGUAAUUUAUUUUGAUUAGAUAUGUAAUCAGCGAGUCAAUACAAUCACCUUCGCCAGAGAUUCCAGCUGUUAGUUUUUCUGGGUAAGUCUCUUAAGAGCUUUGGAAACUUGGAUAGUGCAAUAUUUGCCUAUUAUUAUUACAAACAUUCUUCAAGCUCUGUCAAGUUGGUUGUUGAUGAUUGCUAGACAGCCAUGUUCAGGUCGUGCCAUAGAUUUCUUAAGCCGAUUUAAGACAAAACUGCAAAUAGGCCACUCAGGAACAUUCAAUGUCGUCUUGCUAUGUAACUCCAGUGUAUAUUUGGCCUUGCGUUUUAGGUCAUUGUCUUGCCUGUGCUUACUUCUAUUCCUUUUAUUUUUAUCCUGAAAAACUUCCUAGUCCUUGCAGAUGACAAGCAUACCCAUAACAUGAUGCAGCCACCAUCAUGCUUGAAAAUAUGAAGAGUGGACCUCAGUAAUGUGUUGUGUUGGAUUUGCCCCAAACAUAAUGUUUGUAUUCAGGACAAAAAGUUAAUUUGUUUGCCACAUUUUGUGCAGUAUUACUUUAGUGCCUUAUUGCAAACAGGAUGCAUCUUUUGGAAUAUUUUUUAUUCACUAGAGGCUUCUUUCUUUUCACUCUGUCAUUUAGGUUAGUAUUGUGGAGUAACUACACUACAAAGUUGUUGAUCCAUCCUCAGUUUUCUCCUAUCAUAGCCAUUUAACUCUGUAACAGGUUUAAUAUCACCAUUGGCAUCAUUUGAAAUCCAUGAGCAGUUUCCUUCCUCAAAGUCAACUGAGUUAGGAAAGCCGCCUGUAUCUUUGUCGUGACUGGGUGUAUUGAUACACCAUCAAAAGUGUAAUUAAUAACUUCACCAUUCUGACAACUUGGAUGGAAAAUUACUGAGGAUAAUGGCGGACGAUAUUGCCACUCCUAUUUGUCAUAUCUAGCCUUCUAGAAAGUGUGUGCCCUCAGGCCUGGAGGGAAGCAAAAGUCAUUCCGCUACCCAAGAACAGUAAAGCCCCCUUUACUGGCUCAAAUAGCCGACCAAUCAGCCUGUUACCAACCCUUAGUAAACUUUUGGAGAAAAAAAUGGUUUGACCAGAUACAAUGCUAUUUUACUGUAAACAAAUUGACAACAGACUUUCAGCACGCUUAUAGGGAAGGACAUUCAACAUGCAUGGCACUUACACAAAUUACUGAUAAUUGGCUGAGAGACAUUGAUAAUAAAAAGAUUGUGGGAGCUGUUUUGUUAGAUUUCAUUGUGUCUUUUGACAUUAUCGAUCAUAGUCUGCUGCUGGAAAAACAUAUGUGUUAUGGCUUUACACGCCCUGCUAUAUUGUGGAUAAAGAGUUACCAGUCUAACAGACACAGAGGGUGUUCUUUAAUGGAAGCCUCUCCAACAUAAUCCAGGUAGAAUCAUUAAUUCCCCAGAGCAGCUGUCUAGGCCCCUCACUUUUAUCAAUCUUUACUAAUGACAUGCCACUGGCUUUGAGUAUGCGGAUAACUCAACACUAUACAGUGGGGGGAAACAAGUAUUUGAUACACUGCUGAUUUUGCAGGUUUUCCUACUUACAAAGCAUGUAGAGGUCUGUAAUUUUUAUCAUAGGUAAACUUCAACUGUGAGAGGCGGAAUCUAAAACAAAAAUACAGAAAAUCACAUUGUAUGAUUUUUAAGUAAUUAAUUUGCAUUUUAUUGCAUGACAUACAGUGAGGGAAAAAAGUAUUUGAUCCCCUGCUGAUUUUGUACAUUUACCCACUGACAAAGAAAUGAUCAGCCUAUAAUUUUAAUGGUAGUUUAUUUGAACAGUGAGAGACUGUUCAAAUAUCCAGAAAAAUGCAUGUCAAGAAUGUUAUAAAUUGAUUUGCAUUUUAAUGAGGGAAAUAAGGAUUUGACCCCCUCUCAAUCAGAAAGAUUUCUGGCUCCCAGGUGUCUUUUAUACAGGUAACGAGCUGAGAUUAGGAGCACACUCUUAAAGGGCGUGCUCCUAAUCUCAGUUUGUUACCUGUAUAAAAGACACCUGUCCAAAGAAGCAAUCAAUCAAUCAGAUUCCAAACUCUCCACCAUGGCCAAGACCAAAGAGCUCUCCAAGGAUGUCAGGGACAAGAUUGUAGACCUACACAAGGCUGGAAUGGGCUACAAGACCAUCGCCAAGCAGCUUGGUGAGAAGUUAACAACAGUUGGUGCGAUUAUUCGCAAAUGGAAGAAACACAAAAUAACUGUCAAUCUCCCUCGGCCUGGGGCUCCAAGCAAGAUCUCACCUCAUGGAGUUGCAAUGAUCAUGAGAACAGUGAGGAAUCAGCCCAGAACUACAUGGGAGGAGCUUGUCAACGAUCUCAAGGCAUCUCAAGGCAUCUGGGACCCCUGCUCAAGAAAGCACAUAUACAGGCACGUCUGAAGUUUGCAAAUAAACAUCUGAACGAUUCAGAGGAGAACUGAGUGAAAGUGUUGUGGUCAGAUGAGACCAAAAUUGAGCUCUUUGGCAUCAACUCAACUCGCCGUGUUUGGAGGAGGAGGCAUGCUGCCUAUGACCCCAAGAACAUCAUCCCCACCAUCAAACAUUGAGGUGGAAACAUUUUGCUUUGGGGGUGUUUUUCUGCUAAGGUGACAGGACAACUUCACUUCAUCAAAGGGACGAUGGACGGGGCCUUGUACCGUCAAAUAUUGGGUGAGAACCUCCUUCCCUCAGCCAGGGCAUUGAAAAUGGGUCGUGAAUGGUUAUUCCAGCAUGACAAUGACCCAAAACACACGGCCAAGGCAACAAAGGAGUGGCUCAAGAAGAAGCACAUUAAAGGUCCUGGAGUGGCCUAGCCAGUCUCCAGACCUUAAUCUCAUACAAAAUCUGUGGAGGGAGUUAAAGGUUCGAGUUACCAAAAGUCAGCCUCGAAACCUUAAUGACUUGGAGAAGAUCUGCAAAGAGGAGUGGGACAAAAUCCCUCCUGAGAUGUGUGCAAACCUGGUGGACAACUACAAGAAAUGUCUGACCUCUGUGAUUGCCAACAAGGGUUUUGCCACCAAGUACUAAGUCAUGUUUUGCAGAGGGGUCUAAUACUUAUUUCCCUCAUUAUAAUGCAAAUCAAUUUAUAACAUUUUUGACAUGCACUUUUCUGGAUUUUUUUGUUGUUAUUCUGUCUCCGACUGUUCAAAUAAACCUACCAUUAAAAUAAUAGACGGAUCAUGUUUUGUCAAUGGGCAAACGUACAAAAUCAGCAAAUGAUCAAAUACUUUUUUCCCUCACUGUAAGUAUUUGAUCACCUACCAACCAGUAAGAUUUCCGGCUCUCACAGACCUGUUAGUUUUUCUUUAAGAAGCCCUCCUGUUCUCCACUCAUUACCUGUAUUAACUGCACCUGUUUGAACUCGUUACCUGUAUAAAAGACACCUGUCCACACACUCAAUGAAACAGACUCCAACCUCUCCACAAUGUCCAAGACCAGAGAGCUGUGUAAGGACAUCAGGGAUACAAUUGUAGACCUGCACAAGGCUGGGAUGGGCUACAGGACAAUAGGCAAGCAGCUUGGUGAGAAGGCAACAACUGUUGGCGCAAUUAUUAGAAAAUGGAAAGAAGAUCAUGAUGACGGUCAAUCACCCUCGGUCUGGGGCUCCAUGCAAGAUCUCACCUCGUGGGGCAUCAAUGAUCAUGAGGAAGGUGAGGGGUCAGCCCAGAACUACACGGCAGGACCUGGUCAAUGACCUGAAGAGAGCUGGGACCACAGUCUCAAAUAAACCCAUUAGUAACACACUACUCCGUCAUAGAUUAAAAUCCUGCAGCGCACGCAAGGUCCCCCUGGUCAAGCCAGCCCUGUCCAGGUCCGUCUGAAGUUUGCCAAUGACUAUCUCAGAGGAGGAAUGGGUGAAGGUCAUGUGGUCUGAUGAGACAAAAUUAGAGCUUUUUGGUCUAAACUCCACUUGCCGUAUUUGGGGGAAGAAGAAGGAUGAGUACAACCCCAAGAACACCAUCCCAACCGUGAAGCAUGGAGGUGGAAACAUCAUUCUUUGGGGAUGCUUUUCUGCAAAGGGGACAGGACGACUGCACCGUAUUGAGGGGAGGAUGGAUGGGGCCAUAUAUCGUGAGAUCUUGGCCAACAACCUCCUUCCCUCAGUAAGAGCAUUGAAGAUGGGUCAUGUCUGGUCUUCCAGCAUGACAACGACCCAAAACACACAGCCAUGGCAACUAAGGAUUGGCUCUGUAAGAAGCAUAUUAAGGUCCUGGAGUGGCCUAGCCAGUCUCCAGACCUGAACCCAAUAGAAAAUCUUUGGAGGGAGCUGAAAGUCCGUAUUGCCCAGCGACAGCCCCGAAACCUGAAGGAUCUGGAGAAGGUCUGUAUGGAGGAGUGGGCCAAAAUCCCUGCUGCAGUGUGUGCAAACCUGGUCAAGACCUACAGGAAACGUAUGAUCUAUGUAAUUGCAAACAAAUGUUUCUCUACCAAAUAUUAAGUUCUGCUUUUCUGAUGUAUCAAAUACUUAUGUCAUGCAAUAAAAUGCAAAUUAAUUACUUUAAAAUCAUACAAUGUGAUUUUCUGGAUUUUUGUUUUAGAUUCCGUCUCUCACAGUUGAAGUGUACCUAUGAUAAAAAAUUACAGACCUCUACAUGCUUUGUAAGUAGGAAAACCUGCAAAAUCGGCAGUGUAUCAAAUCCUUGUUCUCCCCACUGUACAUGUCAGCUACUACAGCGAAAUCAUUCACUACACCCUAAACCUCAACUAAAUAUUGUAAUAAAUAAUAUGGAAAUCGAGCAAGUUGAGGUGACUAGACUGCUUGGAGUAACCCUGGAUUGUAAACUGUCAUGGUCAAAACAUGUUGAUACAACAGUGUCUAAGAUGGUGAGAAGUGUUUCCAUAAUAAUGCCUUUUUAAUUCUAUCAACAAGGAAGGUCCUACAGGCCCUAGUUUUGUUGCACCUUGACUACUGUUCAGUCAUGUGGUCAGAGAGGGACCUCGGAAAAUUACAAUUGGCUCAGAACAGUGAAGCACGGCUGGCCCUUAAAUGUACACGGAGAGCUAACAUUAAUAAUAUAAAUGUAAACCUCUCAUGCAUCAAAGUGGAGGAGAGAUUGACUACAUCACUUCUUGUUUUUGUAAGAAGUGUUGACAUGCUGAAUGCACCGAGGUGUCUGUUUAAACUACCAGCACACAGCUCGGACACCCAUGCAUACCCCACAAGAUAUGACACCAGAGGUCUCUUCACAGUGCCCAUGUCCAAAACAGACUAUGGGAGGUGCACAGUACUACUUAGAGCCAUGGCUACAUGGAGCUCUAUUCCACAUCAGGUAACUGAUGCAAACAGUAGAAUCAGAUUUUAAAAAGCAUAUAAAAAUACACCUUAUGGAACAGCGGGGACUGUGGAGAGACACACAUGCACAGACACACGCAUACACAUACACAUGAAAAGACUCUACACACACAUACACAUGGAUUUUAUAUUGUAGAUAUGUAGUAGUAGAGUAAUGGCCUGAGGGAAAGGUGUUAUGAAAUGUUAUGUCAUGUAAUAUUUUAAAUUGUAUAGAACUGCCUUAAUGUUGCUAGACCACAGGAAGAGUAGCUGCUGCCUUGGAAACAGCUAAUGGGGAUACUUAAUAAAUACAAAUACAAAGGGAUAUUCAAUGUCAAAUAGUCCAGGUAGCCAUGAUUAGCUGUUCAGGAGUCUUAUGGCUUGGGGGUAGAAGCUUGUCACACUCUGGCUAGGGACUCUAGUAUUUGAGCCAGGGUGUGUUCGUUUCUUUGUGUUUUGUUUCUUGGUUGGGUUGUUCUAGGUUGUUGUAUUUCUUUGUUUGAGUGACUCCCAAUCAGAGGUAACGUGUGUUAGCUGUUGGCUCGUUGUCUCUGAUUGGGAGCCAUAUUUAAACUGUCUGUUUUCACCUUGUGUUUGUGGGUUUUUGUUCCGUGUUCAGUCAGUGUUACGUUGGACUUCACGAAUCGUCUAUUGUUUUGUUUUUGUGCGUUAUUUUCAUUAAAGUCUAUCAUGUUCGUGCAACACGCUGCGCUUUGGUCUACUCCUUAUCAUGACGAUCGUGACAGAAAAACCCACCAAACACAAAGGAAAACCGACAGUUUAAAUAUGGCUCCCAAUCAGAGACAACGAGCCAACAGCUGACACUCGUUACCUCUGAUUGGGAGUCACUCAGGUACACAUAGAAAAAGAACAACUAGACUACCCAACAUAGAAAAGAAAACACACCGAAACAAACACACCCUGGCACAACAACUCGAGUCCAUAGCCAGAGUGUGACAGUACCCCCCCCUAAAGGCGCGGACUGCGAUCGCGCCUAACUACGAGCAAACAGGGGAGGGUUGGGUGGGCAUUCCUCCUCGGCGGCGGCUCCGGCUCCGGGCUUGAUCCCCACUUCCUCUCCAACCCCCCAAAGUACUCCUGGUCCUGUCUAGCACCGCUGGCCGGAGCCGGACUGACGACACGCGCCCCUGGCUUGGUGCGUGGAACAGGAACGGACCGGACCGGGCUGACGAUACACACCCCUGGCUUGGUGCGUGGAGCAGGAAUGGACCGGAAUGGGCUGGCGACGCGCACCACCGACUUGGUGCGGAGAGCAGGAAACAGGCCGGACAGGGCUGGCGACGCACACCGUAGGUUUGGUGCGUGGAGCAGGGACAGGCCGGGCCGGGCUGACGACGCACCCCGUAGGCUUGGUGCGUGGAGCAGGAACAGGCCGGGCUGGGCUGGCGACGCACACCAUAGGCUUCGUGCGUGGAGCAGGAACAGGCCGGGCUGGGCUGGCGACGCACACCGUAGGUUUGGUGCGUGGAGCAGGAACAGGCCGGGCAGGGCUGGCGACGCACACCGUAGGUUUGGUGCGUGGAGCAGGGACAGGCCGGGCCGGGCUGAUGACGCACCCCGUAGGCUUGGUGCGUGGAGCAGGGACAGGCCGAACAGGGCUGGCAACGCACACCGUAGGCUUCGUGCGUGGAGCAGGAACAGGCCGGGCUGGGCUGGCAACGCACACCGUAGGCUUCGUGCGUGGAGCAGGAACAGGCCGGACUGGGCUAUGGAGACGGAUAGGAGACCUGGAGUGAAGAGCUGCCACAACCCGUCCUGGCUGAAUGCCUACCUUCACACACUCUGUGUGAGGCAUCAGCACAGGACGUACAGGGCUGUGUACCCGUACUGGCAUAACAGCACGUGACACUGGCGCAGGAUAUCCGGGACCGAGGAGAGGCACUGGAGGCCGCGAGCGCUGAGCCGGCACACUCCGUCCUGGCUGCAUGCCCACCUUCGCACAACACGUGCGGGGUGCUCGCACAGGACGUACCGGACUAUGCCGGACCACUCGCGGCACAGUGCGCAUCUCCGCAUACCGCGGAACCUGCCCAGUCUCAUGCUGCCAUGCCUGAGUACGGGGAGUUGGCUCUGCUCUCCAUCCAGGCUCCGCCAACCUGCCUUCUGGCCCCCAAAAGCCGGUGGCCUCCUCUCUUAAUCUCCCAAUCCGCCCUGUGGCAGCCUCCUGCUGCCCAGUCGCCCAUGCCGUGUGCCCCCCCCUAAAAAAUUAUUGGGGGUGCCUCUCGCCUUUCCGACCACGGCCCGGUUGACGCCGCUUCUCCACUCCUGCCUGGGUCUCCCCCUUCAUCGCCUUCCGGUACCGGACGGCCUCCUCCUCGGUAAUCUGCCCCCAACCGAGGAGGACAUCCACCAGCGUCACCUCCUGCGUGUGUUCCUGGACACGCUGCUUGGUCUUUGUAUGGUGGGCAGGGUGUGUUCGUUUCUUUGUGUUCUGUUUCUUGGUGGGUUUUUGUUCCGUGUUCAGUCAGUGUUACUGUGGACUUCACGAUCGUGUUUUGUUUUGUACUUGUGCUUUAACUAUUAAAGUCAUGUUCGUUUCACACGCUGCGCCUUGGUCUACUCCUUCUCGUCAAGGCGAUUACGUGACAGAAAAACCCACCUUAACCAGAUCAAGCAGCGUGACGAGGAGAGAGGAUGGACGUGGCAGGAGAUGAUUGAUAGUAUGGCAAGAGGGAGAGAGGCCUUGGCCGCGGGGAGAGUCCCCCAGGAAAUUUUUAGGGGGGGGCUCACGACGUCGGGGCAGCAGGUGUACGGGGUAGAGUGGUGCAAAGCGCUGGCAGAGAAGGCCGCCAGGUUAUGGGGGCCACUGGGCACAGAGGAGAGGGAAAGUGUGGAGGCACGGCGAGAGGUACUGGGGUGUGUUACCAGUCCGGUCCGGCCCGUUCCUGAUCCCUGCGUGGAGCCAGUGGUGUGUGUCCCCAGUACGGUCCGGCCUGUUCCUGCCAUUCCCACCAAGUCAGUGGUGCGCGUCGUCAGCCCAGCCCGGCCUGUUCCUGCCAUUCCCACCAAGUCAGUGGUGCGCGUCGUCAGCCCAGCCCGGCCUGUUCCUGCCAUUCCCACCAAGUCAGUGGUGCGCGUCGUCAGCCCAGCCCGGCCUGUUCCUGCCAUUCCCACCAAGUUAGUGGUGCGCGUCGUCAGCCCAGCCCGGCCUGUUUCUGCCACUCGCACCAAACCUACGGUGCGCGUCGCCAGCCCGGCCCGGCCUGUUCCUGCCACUCGCACCAAACCUACGGUGCGCGUCGCCAGCCCGGCCCGGCCUGUUCCUGCCACUCGCACCAAACCUACGGUGCGAGUCACCAGCCCGGCCCGGCCUGUUCCUGCCACUCGCACCAAGCCAGGGGUACGAGUCGUCAGCCUGGUCCAGCCAGUUCCUGCCACUCGCACCAAGUCAGGGGUACGAGUCAUCAGCCUGGUUCAGCCCGUUCCUGCCACUCGCACCAAGCCAGGGGUGCGAGUCGUCGGCCUGGUCCAGCCCGUUCCUGUCACUCGCACCAAGCCCGGGAUGCGAGUAGUCAGCCAGGUCCGGCCCGUCGCUGCUCCACGCACCAAGCCAAGGGGGCGCAUCGUCAGCCAGGUCCUGUCCGUUCCUGCCUCACGCACCAAGCCAAGGGUGCGCGUCGUCAGUCCGGUGCCUGAUCGUCAGUCCGGCGCUUCGGGGGUAUUAUGGAGGGGUGGUGGGCAAGCCCGGAGCAGGAGCCGCCGCCGAGGAGGAAUGCCCAUCCAGCCCUCCCCGGUUUUGCUCGUAUUUAGGCGCGGUCACAGUCCGCGCCUUUAGGGGGGGGUACUGUCACACUCUGGCUAGGGACUCUAGUAUUUGAGCCAGGGUGUGUUCGUUUCUUUGUGUUCUGUUUCUUGGUUGGGUUGUUCUAGGUUGUUGUAUUUCUUUGUUUGAGUGACUCCCAAUCAGAGGUAACGUGUGUCAGCUGUUGGCUCGUUGUCUCUGAUUGGGAGCCAUAUUUAAACUGUCUGUUUUCACCUUGUGUUUGUGGGUUUUUGUUCCGUGUUCAGUCAGUGUUACGUUGGACUUCACGAAUCGUCUAUUGUUUUGUUUUUGUGCGUUAUUUUCAUUAAAGUCUAUCAUGUUCGUGCAACACGCUGCGCUUUGGUCUACUCCUUAUCAUGACGAUCGUGACAAAGCUGUUAAGAAACCUUUUGGACCUAGAUUUGGCGCUCCGGUACCGCUUGCCGUGCCGUAGCAGAGAGAACAGUCUAUGUGUAUAAUAACGGCAGAAUCUAUAAGAAUGUAGAAUGAAUUAUCUGUUUUCUACUAGUUAAUGAAAGGUAAGCCCUACUCCUAUAGAAGAAGCCCAACUUAAUUCUUAAUUUCUUGGCUAACUCGUCAACAUGCUUUUUAAAAGAUAGCUUUUCGACAAUCCAGACGCCCAGAUAUUUAUAGACGGGGACACGAUCAAUGGGGGCACCAUCUAACGUACUUAUGCACAAUUCAUCAGUUACAUUGUUACAUGAUUUGGAAAAUAACAUGUACUUGGUUUUACUAGCAUUUAGUACCAACUUCAGGUCAACCAAGGCUUUCUGCAAGGUAGGAAAAGCAGAUUGAAGAGUCAACAGAGCCUGAGCUGCCGUAGGGGCAGUAGGGUACACAACAGUGUCAUCUGCGUACAGAUAAAAGUUACAAUUUUGUACAAAUAGACCAAUGCUGUUAAUAUAAAUAGUGAAAAAAACUGGACAAAGAAUCGAACCCUGUGGGACACCUUUUCUUAUGUCUAAAAAUCCUGAUUUAACGCCAUCAAGAAUAAUUCUCAAACCAGCUACAAGUAGCCUGAUUUAAGCCAAUCGCAGAGAGUUUCUGAAUAAGUAAGGUGUGAUCCACAGUGUCGAAAGAGGGCAGCACAGUGUUUCUUCGUAUGUAAACAAUUUUGGACAUAAAAGUAGCAGAGAUGGUACUAUGACCUGGUCUGAACCCUGACUGUUUUACAUUCAGAAAAUAUGUAGCAGUUAAAAGGGAUCUAAGCUGAGUAUUAAUCAAUGAUUUCAGGAUUUUUGCUAGGCAAGAGAGUUUGGAAAUGGGACAAUCAUUAUUUAGAUCACUCGGGUCGCCACCUUUAUGUAAAGGAAGCACAUGGGCCGCCUUCCCAAAUCUAGGGAGAGUAUACGAUAUAAUUGUCAAGUUAAAAAUGCGUGUUAAUGCUUCCGCAAUCAAUGGAGCAGAAAGCUAUAAUAACAAGGGAUCAAGCAUAUCAGACCCAGUAGAUUUUUUUUUUACAUCAAUCAUAAGUAGUCGUUCCAAUACAUCAGAAGUAGGCAGUUGCUCCAGAGAGUACAAGGAUUCACUGGGGGUUGUCUGGUCCUCUAUCAAGUUGACUAGCGGCUGGGAGAGGGACGAGCAGUAUACUGACCGACCCGGGUCUAUUAAACCAAGAUUUCUUUCAAACAAAAAACCAGCGGACAUAAAAUGUUGAUUAAAAGCAUGACCUAUCUAAUUUUUUUCAAUAAUGAUGUCAGAGUUCAGUAUAACUUGCUUGGGUAGGGAAGGAGAGGAAUUUCUACGCUUUAGCGCCUAAACUGUUUUCCACAAUUUUGAUGGAUCACCAGCAGAGUCAGCGAUAGAACUUAGGAAGUAGCUUGAUUUAGCCUACUUUACUAAGGAUGUGCAUUUAUUUGUCAAUUGCCUGAAAAGCUGCCAGUCCACAACAGCAUCAGUUAGUCUAGCUUUGGCCAAGGCAUGAUUUCUUGUUCUAAACACAUCUGAAAGUUCAGUAGAAAACCAGGGAUUUUAUCAGUUUUUUAGUCUAUAGCGUUUAAAAGGAGAAUGUUUAUCUGCCAGUGAUAUAAAGAUAGAUGAUAAAUGCUUGAGCUAAUUCAGGGUCAGGUAUACACUUGAUGGAAGAAAGUUCAGAAAAGUACAAGUCAUGCAUAAACACUUGGGGAGAAAAGUUUGUAAAAAUGUAUCUUCCUAAUAAUACGGGGAUCAAAAUUGUGCUGUCUAGUAUCUCUAAUAUAGGCUAUGGGACAAUGAUCACUAAGGUCACUAGCAAACACACCAAAAGACAUGUACUAUUGGGGGUUAUUCGUGAGAAUUAAAUCUAAUAAUGAGGAUCUAUCUAGAUUUUCCCACAUUUAACCGGGUGGGUUUUGUGAUUAGCUGGGUUAGAUUAAGAUCAAGACAAAUGUUUUUAAAGUCUCAACCAGUCCAGGUUAAAGUCACCUAAGACCACCAGUUCAGAUGAUAGAAAAGGGUUUAAAUGCUCAGCUAUGAUACUAAUCGCAUCAACUAAAGCAGCAGGAGGCCUAUACACUCCAGCAACAAAUACAUGCUCGUUUUGGCUCAUGGUCACAUCUAAAACCAGGAUUUCACAUUUCUGGGGUAUAGUGAUAUUAAGAGCACAUGAUGCUACAAAAGUGGAUUUCACAUAUAUUGCCACCCCUCCACCUUUUCUCUGCCAAUCACAUCUAAAAAUGUUGUAAUUAGCUAUGUCAAUGUUCUUAUCCAUGAUUGAAUAAUUUAACCAAGUCUCUGACAAAACAAGAAUAUCUGUGUUCGUGUCAUGCAUCCAGAUAUCGAUAAAGUCCAUCUUUGACAUCAUACUUCGCACAUUUAAAUGUAACAAUCCCAGCCCUUUGUGAGACUUAAAAACAGCAGGGGUGUCCAUAUUUACCCUAACCAGGUCAUUAUAAACUUGAUCAUUAAGUUAAUCAGGAGAUUUCAUAGGAAUAGAAAUUAAGUUAUGAAAGCAUGCCCAAUGGGCCUGCGGCUGCAUCUAUUUGGUGGCUGUUUAAAUCCUAUGGAAAUUAAGACAGGGAUAAUGUAGAUUUCCUUGACUUGACUAUAGUAUUUAAUAUCAGAAACAAUUUGAUGUGUGAUGAUGGUUGGGAUAACCUGGGUAGAGUGCGGGUUAUAUCCCAGUCAGUCUCUCAGAGCAGCCUUGAAUUGGCUGUGCAAUGUAUAAGCCCCGAGAUAGUUUGAGUGAAUUCCGUCUUUCCAAAAAGUGUCAAAGUUAUCAAUAAAGACAACAUUGACAGAGUUACAAUAGCUCUUUACCAGACCUGAAGUGAUAGCAACCUACUGAAUCUACCGUAUCCACGUCUCAUCGUGGAUAUGGGACCCAAUAUAAUGGGACGCUUGUUUAGGUAUUUCAGUUUCGCAAUUAGUUUCAUGAAGUCACUUUUAAGUAGUUCAGAACUAGCCAACUUAGUGUCAUUAAAUCCCACAUGUACUAUAAUAGUAUCCGUCUGUUGAUUUUGGUUGAUGGUUUCAGGAAGUAGCGUAGUGAUAUCCUUAACUUUUGCACCCGGAUAGCAUAGGGUUCUAAUCCCUGGCAAGGAGAUAUUCCUUACCAUUGAGCUUCCAAUGAUGAGCGCCGGUCGGAUCCCCCCACUACCGUAUCUCCGAUCAGCGGAAGGAGCCACAGAAAUCGGCUGGGGAGAAGACUGCGUAGAUCCAGAUUGCCGGGGGGGGGGGGGGGGGUUGCCAGCCGCCCGGCACCCUGAAUACGAGAGCCCAUAGUGUAUCCCAUAGUGGAGGUAUUCGUCAGUGUAGAAGCUACAACAUCUACGUACACGGUGUCCGUACGCCCUGAGGAAGACAGCGGGGACAGUAGCUCAAAACGAUUUGAGAGUUUAAUAUUGCGACGCUUCAAGAAAAAACAGAAUGAUGGGGUGCGGGUCUCUUCCUCCUCUUGAAUCACACUCCAUUCACGCCCGCCAGGGGUAGAGCUGAUAGAAUCCGACUUUUGGCUAGGUUCAGAAGGCUGUAAGGUGGUGAAAUGCUCAAGAUCCAUAAAAGUUCCAUUACAGUCAUCUAUUCGAUAAGAGGCAUCAACAAAUGCGGUUAAACGUGAGGCGUCCUUAUUCAAAAUUAGACGAUCAUUCAGAUGUUUAAUUUCGUCAAGUAAAGUAAUGAUUCUCUUCUUGGCAGCAUUUUGUUUGUGGCAUUUGACACAGGUGAAGUUUUCAAAAAGGUCCUUCAAUGGGAUGACUGUGAACAUGUCACAUAAGAUGCAUUUAAUGGCCUUAUGGUCGACGAUAAGAGUCAAGGGAGUUUUCACUGCUUUGUGUAGAAGCAGGAGAACACCCUUUACUCAAUUCAGCCAUUUCACUUGCUAGUCAAAUAGACUACUAAAAGGAUCCAGGGACAAAUCUAGCGGUCCCAGCACUGUGGCUAUCCGCGUCGCCGGAUCCAAAAUAAAUAAUAAAAACUGGAUAUAAAAUGCUACAUAUAAAAUGAAAUAAUUAUAUAAUAAUCAGUGUAAAAACAAUCAAUGUAAAUAGUCUGGGUGGCCAUUUGAUUAAUUGUUCAGCAGUCUUAUGGCUUGGUGGUAGAAGCUGUUAAGAAGCCAUUUGGACGUAGACUUGGCGCUCCGGUACCGCUUGCCGUGUGGAAGCAGAGAGAACAAUCUAUGACUUGGGUGACUGGAGUCCUCAACAAUUUUUUGGGCCUUCCUCUUUCACCGCCUAGUAUAUACAGUGGGGAGAACAAGUGUUUGAUACACUGCCGAUUUUGCAGGUUUUCCUACUUACAAAACAUGUAGAGGUCUGUAAUUUUAUCAUAGGUACACUUCAACUGUGAGAGACGGAAUCAAAAACAAAAAUCCAGAAAAUCACAUUGUAUGAUUUUUAAGUAAUUCAUUUGCAUUUUAUUGCAUGACAUAAGUAUUUGAUCACCUACCUACCAGUAAGAAUUCCGGCUCUCACAGACCUGUUAGUUUUUCUUUAAGAAGCCCUCCUGUUCUCCACUCAUUACCUGUAUUAACUGCACCUGUUUGAACUCGUUACCUGUAUAAAAGACACCUGUCCACACACUCAAUCAAACAGACUCCAACCUCUCCACAAUGGCCAAGACCAUAGAGCUGUGUAAGGACAUCAGGGAUACAAUUGUAGACCUGCACAAGGCUGGGAUGGGCUACAGGACAAUAGGCAAGCAGCUUGGUGAGAAGGCAACAACUGUUGGUGCAAUUAUUAGAAAAUUGAAGAAGUUCAAGAUGACGGUCAAUCACCCUCGGUCUGGGGCUCCAUGCAAGAUCUCACCUCGUGGGGCAUCAAUGAUCAUGAGGAAGGUGAGGGAUCAGCCCAGAACUACACGGCAGGACCUGGUCAAUGACCUGAAGAGAGCUGGGACCACAGUCUCAAAGAAACCCAUUAGUAACACACUACGCCGUCAUGGAUUAAAAUCCUGCAUCGCUCGCAAGGUACCCCUGCUGAAGCCAGCGCAUGUCCAGGCCUGUCUGAAGUUUGCCAAUCACCAUCUGGAUGAUCCAGAGGAGGAAUGGGAGAAGGUCAUGUGGUCUGAUGAGACAAAAAAAUAGCUUUUUGGUCUAAACUCCACUCGCCGUGUUUGGAGGAAGAAGAAGGAUGAGUACAACCCCAAGAACUCCAUCCCAACCGUGAAGCAUGGUGGUGGAAUCAUCAUUCUUUGGGGAUGCUUUUCUGCAAAGGGGACAGGACGACUGCACCGUAUUGAGGGGAGGAUGGAUGGGGCCAUGUAUCGCAAGAUCUUGGCCAACAACCUCCUUCCCUCAGUAAGAGCAUUGAUGAUGGGUCGUGGCUGGGUCUUCCAGCAUGACAACGACCCAAAACACACAGCCAGGGCAACUAAGGAGUGGCUCUGUAAGAAGCAUCUCAAGGUCCUGGAGUGGUCUAGCCAGUCUCCAGACCUGAACCCAAUAGAAAAUAUUUGGAGGGAGCUGAAAGUCCGUAUUGCCCAGCGACAGCCCCGAAACCUGAAGGAUCUGGAGAAGGUCUGUAUGGAGGAGUGGGCCAAAAUCCCUGCUGCAGUGUGUGCAAACCUGGUCAAGACCUACAGGUCUGUAAUUGAAAACAAAGGUUUCUGUACCAAAUAUUAAGUUCUGCUUUUCUGAUGUAUCAAAUACUUAUGUCAUGCAAUAAAAUGCAAAUUAAUUGCUUAAAAAUCAUACAAUAUAAUUUUCUGGAUUUUUGUUUUAUAUUCCGUCUCUCACAGUUGAAGUGUACCUAUGAUAAAACAGACCUCUACAGGCUUUGUAAGUAGGAAAACCUGCAAAAUAGGCAGUGUAUCAAAUACUUGUUCUCCCCACUGUAGGUCCUCGAUGGCAGGAAGCUUGGCCCCAGUGAUGUACUGGGCCGUACGCACUACCCUCUGUAGCGCCAUACGGUCAGAUGCCGAGCAGUUGCCAUACCAGCCGGUGAUGCAACUGGUCAGGAUGCUCUCGAUGGUGCAGCUGUAGAAUUUCUUUAGGAUCUGGGGACACAUGCCAAAUCUUUUCAGUCUCCUGAGGGGGAAAAUGUGUUGUCGUGUCCUCUUCACGACAUCUUAGUGUGUUUGGACCAUGAUAGUUUAUUGGUGAUGUAGACACCAAGGAACUUGAAACCCUCGACACGCUCCACUACAGCCCCAUUGAUGUUAAUGGGGGCAUGUUCGGCCAUCCUUUUCCUGUAGUUCACGAUCAGCUCCUUUGUCUUGCUCAUGUCGAGGGAGAGGUUGUUGUCCUGGCACCACACUUCCAGGUCUCUGACCUCCUCCCUAUAGGCUGUCUAAUCUUUGUCGGUGAUCAGGCCUACCACUGUUGUGUAACAGCUAAUUUAAUGAGAGUGUUGGAGUCGUGCUUGGCCACGCAGUCAUGGGUGAACAGGGAGUACAGGAGGGGACUAAGCAUGCACCCCUGAGGGGCCCCCGUGUUGAGGAUCAGCGUGGCAGAUGUGUUGUUACUUACCUUUACCACCAGGGGGCAGCCCGUCAAGAAGUCCAGGAUCCAGUUGCAGAGGGAGGUGUUUAGUCCCAGGGUCCUUAGCUUAGUGAUGAGCUUUGUGGGCACUAUGGUGUUGAACUCUGAGCUGUAAUAAAAAAAAAGAGCAUUCUCACAUAGGUGUUCCUUUUGUCCAGGUGGGAAAGGGCAGUGUGGUUGAGAAUGCAUCGUCGGUGGAUCUGUUGGGGCAGUAUGCAAAUUGGAGUGGGUCUUGGGUUUCUGGGAUUAUAGUGUUGGUGUGAGCCAUGACCAGCCUUUCAAAGCACUUCAUGGCUACCGAUGUGAGUGCUACGGAGCUGUAGUCAUUUAGACAGGUUACCUUCGCUUUCUUGGGCAUAGGGACUAUGGUGGUCUGCUUGAAACAUGUAGGUAUUACAGACUUGAAAAUGUCAAUGUACACUCUUGCCAGUUGGUCAGCGCAUGCUCUGAGUACACGUCCUGGUAAUCCAACGAGCAUCAGAGCCGGGUUAGUAGGAUUCAAUCUUAGUCCUGUAUUGACGCUUUGCCUGUUUGAUGGUUCGUCUGAGGGCAUAGCGGGAUUUCUUAUAAGCGUCCGGAUUUGUGUCUCGCUCCUUUAAAGCGGCAGCUCUAGCCUUUACCUCGGUGCGGAUGAUGUCUGUAAUAAAUGGCUUCUGGUUGGGAUAUGUACGUACGGUCACUGUGGGGACAACGUCGUCGAUGCACUUAUUGAUGAAGCCGGUAACUGAGGUGGUAUACUCCUCAAUGCCAUUGGAUGAAUCCCAGAACAUAUUCCAGUCUGUGCUAACAGUGCUGUAGCGUAGCAUCCUCGUCAUCGUAUUGAGCGAGUCACUGGUACUUUCUGCUUUAGUUUUUGCUUGUAAGCAGGAAUCAGGAGGAUAUAGUUAUGUUCAGAUUUGCCAAAUGGAGGGCGAGGGAGAGCUAUGUAUAGGUCUCAUUGUGUGGAGUAAAGGUGGUCUAGAGUUUUUUUUUCCUCUGGUUGCACAUGCUGGUAGAAAUUAGGUAAAACUGAUUUAAGUUUGCCUGCAUUAGUCCCCGGCCACUAGGAGCGCCGCUUCUGGAUGAGCAUUUUCUUGUUUGCUUAUGGUCUUAUACAGCUCAUUGAGUGUGGUCUUAGUGCCAGGAUCGGUUUGUGGUGGUAAAUAGACGUCUACGAAAAAUAUAGAAGAAAACUCUCUUGGUAGAUAGUAUGGUCUGUAGCUUAUCAUGCGGUACUCUACCUCAGGCGAGCAAUACCUUGAGACUUUCUUAAUAUUAGACAUUGCGCACCAGCUGUUAUUGACAAAUAGACACACACUCCCACCCCUCGUCUUACCAGACGUAGCUGUUCUGUCCUGCCAAUGCACGGAAAACCCAGCCAACUGUAUAUUAUCAGUGUCGUCGUUCAGCCACGACUCUGUGAAACAUAAGAUAUUACAGCUUUUAAUGUCCCGUUGGCAGGAUAGUCUCAAACGGAGCUCAUCCAGUUUAUUCUCCAGUGAUUGCACAUUGGCCAAUAGAACGGAUGGUAGAGGCGGGUUUACCCACUCGCCGACUAAUUCUCACAAGGCACCCCGGUCUCCGUCCCCUGUAUUUCCGUAUUUUCUUCAUGCGAAUGAUGGGGACUUGGGCCUGGUCUCAGAGAAGCAGUAUAUAAUUCGCAUCGAACUCAUUAAAGAAAAAACUUUGUCGAGUUCGAGGGGAGUAAUUGCUGUUCUGAUACCAAGAAGCUCUUUUUGGUCAUAAAAGAACGUAGCAGCAACAUAAUGUACAAAAAACACACAAAAUAGCACAGUUAUUACAAUUAUAGCUUAAUUCUUAUGUAUUUUAUUCCUCUUGUGUUACUAUUUCUAUUGUUAUUAUGUUGUUUUUUUACUCUGCAUCAUUGUGAAGGGUUCAUACUCAAGCAUUUCACAGUAAAGUCUACAUCCACUGUAUUUGGCGCAUGUGACAAGUAACAUUUUAUUUGAGUACCUCGCCCUAUUCAUUUAUCAAAGCUUUUAAAAAGAAUGCAACGUAAAUGUUUCCCUGCAAAUUUACAGCAUUAUACUGGCAGCAGAGUUGCCAGGUAAACACUGUAAUUUUGCUUUGCAGCAAGGAUGCUGUAUAAUGUUUUACAAUAAGAAAAACAGUGAUGUAUUAUACAAUUACAGUAAUUUGCUUGGAAAUCUGAUGCCAGUAUAAUGCUGUAAAUUUACAGUAAAGCGUGUUACUGUAAUCAGUUUUAUGGUACCAAUACUCCUAAUGUAAUUUUUUUUGCUAAUUGUAAUGAAUUAAUGAAUGGACAAAUAAAUUAAAUUAAUUUAUGGGAAGCAGGGUUUGUAUUUUACUGUAAUAAACAUGGGAUUGGGGCAAGCAGGUUGGAGCUAGGUAAUGUGUUUACAUAUUGCAUAUACAUUGGAUUCUGAAAGUUUUCAGAACCCUUGACUUUUUCCACAUUCUAAAGUCUACACACAAUACCCCAUAACGACAAAGCAAAAACAGCUAUUUAGAAUUUUUUGCAAAUGUAUUAAAAAUAAACAACUGAAAUAUCACAUUUACAUAAGUAUUCAGACACUUUACUCAGUACUUUGUUGAAGCACCUUUGGCAGCGAUUACAGCCUCGAGUCUUCUUGUGUAUGACGCUACAAGCUUGGCACACCUGUCUUUGGGGAGUUUCUCCCAUUCUUCUCUGCAGAUCCUCUCAAGCGCUGUCAGGUUGGAUGGGGAGCAUCGCUGCACAGCUAUUUUCAGGUCUCUCCAGAGAUGUUCGAUUGGAUUCAAGUCUGGGCUCUGGCUGGGCCACUCAAGGACAUUCAGAGACGUCCCAAAGCCACUCCUGUGUUGUCUUGGCUGUGUGCUUAGGGUCAUUGUCCUGUUGGAAGGUGAACCUUCACCCAAGACUGAGGUCCGGAGUGCUCAUGAGCAGGUUUUCAUCAAGGAUCUCUCUGUACUUUGCUCUGUUCAUCUUUCCCUUGAUCCUGACUAGUCUCCCAGUCCCUGCCACUGAAAAACAUCCCCACAGCAUGAUGCUGCCACCACCAUGCUUCACUGUAGGGAUGGUGCCAUGUUUCCUCCAGACAUGACGUUUGGCAUUCAUGCCGAAGAGUUCAAUCUUGGUUUCAUCAGACCAGAGAAACUUGUUUCUCAUGCUAUGAGACUUUAGGUGCCUUUUGGAAAACACCAAGCGGGCUGUCAUGUGCCUUUUACUGAGGAGUGGCUUCUCUCUGGCCACUUUACCAUAAAUGCCUGAUUGGUGGAGUCCUGCAGAGAUGGUUGUCCUUCUGGAAGGUUCUCCCAUCUCCACAGAGGAACUCUAAAGCUCUGUCAGGUUCUUGGACACCUACCUGACCAAUGCCCUUCUCCCCCGAUUGCUCAGUUUGGCCGGGCGGCCAGCUCUAGGGAGAGUCUCGUGGUUCCAAACUUCUUCCAUUUAAGAAUGAUAGAGGCUACUGUGUUCUUGGGGACCUUCAAUGCUGCAGAAAUGUUUCAAUACCCUUCGACAGAUCUGUGCUUCAUCACAAUCCUGUCUCGGAGCUCUACGGACAAUUCCGUCAACCUCAUGACUUGGUUUCUGCUCUGACAUGCAGAGUCAACUCUGGGACCUUAUAUAGACAGAUGUGUGCCUUUCAAAAUCAUGUCCAAUAUAUUGAAUUUACCACAGGUGGACUCCAAUCAAGUUGUAGAAACAUCUCAAGGAUGAUCAAUAGAAACAGGAUGCACCUGAGCUCAAUUAUGAGUCUCAUAGCAAAGUGUCUGAAUAUUAUGUAAAUAAGGUAUUUCAGUUUUUUUUUUUUUUUAUGCAUUUGCCAAAAUUUCUAAAAACCUGUUUUCGCUUUGUCAUUAUGGGGUAUUGAUGUUAUACAUUUUUUUUGGUAUAUAUUUUUGAAUAACGCUGUAACGUAACAAAAUGUGGAAAAGGUCAAGGGGUGUGAAUACUUUCCGAAUGCACAGUAAAUAUACUGUAUAUAUAUAUAUAUAUACACAGUACCAAUCAAACGUUUGGACACACCUACUCAUUCAAGGGUUUAUCUUCAUUUUUUACCAUUUUCUACAUUGUAGAAUAAUAGUGAAGACAUCAAAACUAUUAAAUAACACAUAUGGAAUCAUGUAGUAACCAAAAAAGUGUUAAAUACAUUCUUCAAAGUAGCCACACUCUGGCAUUCUCUCAAACAGCUUCACCUUGAAUGCUUCUCCAACAGUCUUGAAGGAGUUCCCACAUGCUGAGCACUUGUUGGCUGUUUUUCCUUCUCUCUGGACUCCAACUCAUCCCUAACCAUCUCAAUUGGGUUGAGGUUGGGUGAUUGUGGAGGCCAGGUCAUCUGAUGCAGCACUCCAUCACUCAACGUCUUGGUCAAAUAGACCUUACAGAGCCUGGAGGUGUGUUGGGUCAUUGUCCUGUUGAAAAACAAAUGAUAGUUCCACUAAGUGCAAACCAGAUGGGAUGGCGUAUCGCUGCAGAAUGCUGUGGUAGCCAUGCUGGUUUAGUGUGCUUUGAAUUCUUAUUAAAUCACUGACAGUGUCACCAGCAAAGUACCCACACACAUCACACCUCCUCCUCCAUGCUUCACAGUGGGAACGACGUAUGCGGAGAUCAUCCGUUCACCUACUCUGCGUCUCACAAAGAUACGGCGGUUGGAAACAAAAAUCUCAAAUUUGGACUCAUCAGACCAAAGGACAUAUUUCCACCGGUCUAAUGUCCAUUGCUUGUGUUUCUUGGCCCAAGCAAGUCUCUUCUUAUUACUGGUGUCCUUUAAUAAUAUUUAAUAAUAUGCCAUUUAGCAGACGCUUUUAUCGAAAGCGACUUUCAUUACAUUAGUAGUGUUUUCUUUGCAGCAAUUCGACAAUGAAGGCCUGAUUCAUGCACUCUCCUCUGAACAGUUGAUGUUGAGAUGUGUCUGUCACUUGAACUCUGUGAAGCAUUUAUUUGGGUUGCAAUUUCUGAGGCUGGUAACUCUAAUGAACUUAUCUUCUGCUGCAGAGGUAACUCUGGGUCUUCCUUUCCUGUGGCGGUCCUCAUGAAAGCCAGUUUCAUGAUAGCACUUCAUGGUUUUUACUCCACUUGAAGAAACUUUCAAAUGUAUUGAAAUGUUCCGCAUUGACUGACCUUCCUGUCUUAAAGUAAUGAUGGACUGUAAUUUCUCUUUGCUUAUUUGAGCUGCCAUAAUAUGGACUUGGUCUUUUACCAAAUAGGGCUAUCUUCUGUAUACCAGCCCUACCUUUUCAUAACACAAAUGAUUGGCUCAAAUGCAUUAAGAAGGAAAGAAAUUCCACAAGUUACCUUUUAACAAGGCACACCUGUUAAUUGAUAUGCAUUCCAGGUGACUACCUCAUGAAGCUGGUUGAGAGAAUGCCAAGCGUGUGCAAAGCUGUCAUCAAGGCCAAGGGUGGCUACUUUGAAGAAACUCAAAUAUAAAAUACAUUUUGAUUUGUUUAACACUUUUUUGGUUACUACAUGAUUCCAUAUGUGUUGUUUCAUAGUUUUGAUGUCUUCACUAUUAUUCUACAGUGUAGAAAAUAGUAAAAAAUAAAGAAAAUGCUGGAAUGAGUAGGUUUGUCUAAACUUUUGACUGGCUGACCCCAGCAGCUGCUGAAAAUAUUCUUCCACUUCACAGCCGCUUCAAUAAGAUAAUUACUAAAAUUGUCUGAGCUUCAUGCAUCUCACCCGACAGCAUGAGGUUGGCCCCUGAAACUGAAAAUGUUAAUCAACAGUAGGCAUAAGCUAUUACUGUAAAGAAAUUAAUCAUGUUAGAAUAAUUUUUACAGGUGGCUUCCAAUUACAGUUAAUAACAUCAAUAAUUCUGUAAAACACAGUUAAGGUAUUUUACUGCGUGUUCUACAGUGUUUUAGUUUUGAAAUUACAGAAAAGUCUUCAAAGUGGGUAAAAAAUAUUACAGACGGAAAUGCAUCAAUAUUGGGUCCUUCUUGCAUUGGAGUGGCAUUUGUCGCUCGCCUUUGUUACACAUCAUACAUGUUUUUGUUUAUAUUGAACUGUUUAUCAAUGAUAGAAAAAUAAUGCAAGUCCUUUAUACUCCAAAACUUUAGUUUCUGCAUUGUUUAAUGGACUUAGGGAAAGGAUACUGGCUUGUCUUAGUAGUGAUGAGUGAGGUUGUACUGACAUGUUUUGGGGAUUUAGAGAUAUCUAUCUAUUAUUUUGAAUGCUAGAAAGUAAAUACAAUUAUUUCAUAUAUUGUAUAGAUCAAUAAAAACAAAUAAGGCUAUUAAAAUACCUUCUUUUUUUGCAAAUGUGUUUAACCCUAAGGUGUCAUAGGUGUUAUCGCCUUUAAAACAAUUAUAAUUUCAAAGAUACAGUAUACAAGGACCUUGAGAAUUCCCUUCAGUGGUAAACUGUUAUCGGGGGAGGGGACUAUAUAUAUGUGUGUAUAUAUAUAUAUAUAUAUACUGUUGAAGUCGGAUGUUUACAUACACCUUAGCCAAAUACAUUUAAACUCAGUUUUUCACAAUUCCUGACAUUUAAUCCUAGUAAAAAUGCCCUGUUUUAAGUCAGUUAGGAUCACCACUUUAUUUUAAGAAUGUGAAAUGUCAGAAUAAUAGUAGAGAGAAUGAUUUAUUUCAGCUUUUAUUUCUUUCAUCACAUUCCCAGUGGGUCAGAAGUUUACAUACACUCAAUUAGUAUUUGGUAGCAUUGCCUUUAAAUUGUUUAACUUGGGUCAAACGUUUCGGGUAGCCUUCCACAAGCUUCCCACAAUAAGUUGGGUGAAUUUUGGCCCAUUCCUCCUGACAGAGCUGGUGUAACUGAGUCAGGUUUGUAGGCCUCCUUGCUCGCACACGCUUUUUCAGUUCUGCCCACAAAUGUUCUAUAGGAUUGAGGUCAGGGCUUCGUGACGGCCACUCCAAUACCUUUACUUUGUUGUCCUUAAUCCAUUUUGCCACAACUUUGGAAGUAUGCUUGGGGUCAUUGUCCAUUUGGAAGACCCAUUUUCGACCAAGCUUUAACUUCCUGACUGAUGUCUUGAGAUGUUGCUUCAAUAUAUCCACAUAAUUUCCUUCCUCAUGAUGCCAUCAAUUUUGUGAAGUGAACCAGUCCCUCCUGCAGCAAAGCACCCCCACAGCAUGAUGCUGCCACCCCCGUGCUUCACGGUUGGGAUGGUGUUCUUCAGCUUGUAAGUCCCCCCUUUUUCCUCCAAACAUAACGAUGGUCAUUAUGGCCAAACAGUUCUAUUUUUGUUUAAUCAGACCAGAGGACACUUCUCCAAAAAGUACGAUCUUUGUCCCCAUGUGCAGUUGCAAACCGUAGUCUGCUUUUUUUAUGGUGGUUUUGGAGCAGUGGCUUCUUCCUUGCUGAGCGGCCUCUCUAGGAGAUAGAACUCGUCUCCUUCCUGAGUGGUAUGACGGCUGCGUGGUCCCAUGGUGUUUAUACUUGCGUACUAUUGUUUGUACAGAUGAAUGUGGUACCUUCGGGCGUUUGGAAAUUGCUCCCAAGGAUGAACCAGACUUGUGGCGGUCUACAAUUUUUUUCUGAGGUCUUGGCUUAUUUCUUUUGAUUUUCCCAUGAUGUCAAGCAAAGAGGCAAUGAGUUUGAAGGUAGGCCUUGAAAUACAUCCACAGGUACACCUCCACUGGACUCAAAUGAUGUCAAUCAGAAGCUUCUAAAGCCAUGACAUAAUUUUCUGGAAUUUUCCAAGCUGAUAAAGGCACAGUCAACUUAAUGUAUGUCAACUUCUGACCCACUGGAAUUGUGAUACAGUGAAUUAUAAGUGAAAUAAUCUGUCUGUAAACAAUUGUUGGAAAAAUUACUUGUGUCAUGCACAAAGUAGAUGUCCUAACCGACUUGCCAAAACUAUAGGUCAUUAACAAGAAAAUUGUGGAGUGGUUGAAAAAUGAGUUUUAAUGACUCCAACCUAAGUGUAUGUAAACAUCCGACAUCAACUGUUGAUUUAAUGGUUGUAAAGAUGGGGAGAGGUCUAUCCGUAAAAAAGAGAUGCUCUGCUUUUUUGACCCCACACUCUAAAAAGCAAGUUCUGCAGGCCCUAGUUGUGUCUAAUCUUGAUUAUUGUCCAGUCGUGUGGUCCAGUGCUGCAAGGAAAGACCUAGUUAAGCUGCAGCUGGCCCAAAACAGAGCGGCACGUCUUGCUCUUCAAUGUAAUCAGAGGGCUGAUAUAAAUACUAUCCAUGCCAGUCUCUCUUGGCUAAGAGUUGAGGAGAGACUGACUGCAUCACUUCUUCUUUUUGUAAGAAAUAUUAAUGUGUUGAAAAUCUGACAUUGUUUGUAUAGUCAACUUCACACAUCUCUGACACACACACACUUGUACAAUCCUGCAGCGCCCGCAAGGUCCCCCUGCUCAAGAAAGCACAUAUACAGGCCCGUCUGAAGUUUGCCAAUGAACAUCUGAAUGAUUCAGAGGAGAACUAGGUGAAAGUGUUGUGGUCAGAUGAGACCAAAAUUGAGCUCUUUGGCAUCAACUCAACUCGCCGUGUUUGGAGGAGGAGGAAUGCUGCCUAUGACCCCAAGAACACCAUCCCCACCGUCAAACAUGCUUUGGGGGUGUUUUUCUGCUAAGGGGACAGGACAACUUCACCGCAUCAAAGGGAUGAUGGACGGGCCAUGUACCAUCAAAUCUUGGGUGAGAACCUCCUUCCCUCAGCCAGGGCAUUGAAAAUGGGUCGUGGAUGGGUAUUCCAGCAUGACAAUGUCCCAAAACACACAGCCAAGGAAACAAAGGAGUGGCUCAAGAAGAAGCACAUUAUAAUUAAGGUCCUGGAGUGGCAUAGCCAGUCUCCAGACCUUAAUCCCAUAGACAAUCUGUGGAGGGAGCUGAAGGUUCGAGUUGCCAAAUGUCACGAUCGUCAAAUACAGUGGACCAAUGCGCAGCGUGAUAAGCGAACAUACUUCUUUAUUAAUGUCACCACACGAACAAAACAACAAACGAUACGUGAAGUCCUUGGUCUACAACACCAAACCAACACGGAACAAGAUCCCACAACACACUGUGGAAAACAGGCUGCCUAAGUAUGGUUCCCAAUCAGAGACAACAAGCAACAGCUGAUACACGUUGCCUCUGAUUGAGAACCACACCGGCCAACAUAGAAACAAAUGAACUAGACAAUCACCCUAGCACACAAAACACAUAGAAACAACACACCCUGGCUCAACAUAAUAGAGUCCCAGAGCCAGGGCGUGACACCAAACGUCAGCCUCGAAACCUUAAUGACUUGGAGAAGAUCUGCAAAGGGGAGUGGGACAAAUUCCCUCCUGAGUUGUGUGCAAACCUGGUAGCCAACUACAAGAAACGUCUGACCUCUGUGAUUGCCAACAAGGGUUUUGCCACCAAGUACUAAGUCAUGUUUUGCAGAGGGGUCAAAUACUUAUUUCCCUCAUUAACAUGCAAAUCAAUUCAUAACAUUUUUGAUGUGUUUUUCUGGAUUUUUUGUUGUUGUUAUUCUGUCUCUCACUGUUCAAAUAAACCUACCAUUAAAAUUAUAGACUGAUCAUGUCUUUGUCAGUAGGAAAACAUACAAAAUCAGCAGGGGAUCAAAUACUUUUUUCCCUCACUGUAUGUGUGCCUUUUUAAAAAUGUAUGUAGUUCUGUCCUUGAGCUGUUCUUGUCUCUUAAUGCUAUGUAUUAUGUCAUGUUUCAUGUUUUGUGUAGACUCCAAGAAGAGUAGCUUAUGCUUUUGCAACAGCUAAUGAGGAUCCUAAUAAAAAUAAAAUACCAAAUAAGUGUGCUGAAUGUCUGUUGUCAAUUUGUUUAGUGUAAAAUAGCAUUGUACCUGGUCAAAAACAAUUUUUUCCAAAAGUUUACUAAGUGUUGUUAACAGGCUUUGGUUGGCUAUUUGAGCCAAUAAAGCAGGCUUUACUAUUUUACGUAGCGAAAUUACUUUUGCUUCCCUCCAGGCCUGAGGGCACACACUUUCUAGUAGGAUUAGAUUGAAGAUAUGGCAAUAUCAUCCACUAUUAUCUGGAGUCAUUUUUCAUCCAUGUUGCCAGACCCCGUGGCUUGUCAUUGUUUAUAGACCCUGGUGGCUUGUCAUUGUUUAUAGACACCCAUACUUUUUUCACCUCUUCCACACUCACUUUACGGAAUUCAAAAGUACAAUGCUUGUCUUUCAUAAUUUGAUCAUUUAUACUUGGAUGUGUAGUGUCAGCGUUUGUUCCUGGCAUGUCAUGCCUAAGUUUGCUAAUCUUGCCAAUCAAAAAAUCAUUAAAGUAUUUGGCAAUAUCAGUGGGUUUUGUGAUGAAUGAGCCAUCGGAUUCAAUGAAUGAUAGAGCUGAGUUUGCCUUUUUGACCUAAAUGUAAUUUAAGGUGCUCCAAAGCUUUUUGCUAUCAUUCUUUAUGUCAUUUAUCUUUGUUUCAUAGUAUAGUUUCUUGUUUUUAUUCAGUUUAGUCACAUGAUUUCUCAAUUUGAGGUACGUUUGCCAAUCGGUUGUGCUGCCAGACUUAUUUGCCAUACCUUUUGCAUCCUCCCUAUCACCAUAAAAUGUUUCAAUUCAGCACCAUCGCUAGACCAGCACAUUUGACUGCACAUUCCUCACUCGCUAGAUGCGCAGUUAAAGGGGAAUUAAACCCACAAAUAUUUUCUUCCAGACCAAAAAAGUAGUCUUCUGAUGUGAUUUAAGCAUUGACAUGGACUCAGUAUGUGCAAUUCCGUUGUUUCUCUAUGAACAAUUGUAAUUUUGAGAGUGAAAAACUAAAACAAUUUCACUGAGAAACUAAUUGUGGGAAAAAAACAGAUUUUAUAGGGUCCCCCUUAGAGUUGUUAAUUAACCAUUAUUUUACCAGGUAUAUUGACAGAAAACAUAAUGCACUAAUUUAUGUUGCAGAGGAGAGUAGAAGAAAAUAAUGUGCCUAUUUGAAAACCAGAAAAACAUGAGUAGCUCUCAUGCUAGGAAAGGUAUUUUAUUGCUUAUUUACCCCUGGUCUAGAAUGUAUUGGGGGGAGGGGGAAAUAAUAUUGUCUCAAAUUACAAAAAGCUGGUCUUGGGAAUCACUGUAUGUAGCCUAGUGUCUGUAGCCCUUAGGGCACUGGGCUCUCUUUCAACUGGAAAGGUUUCCUGCAGCCUGUUCAGGGCUUCAUCGGCGCUUGUGAACUCCUUUCUCUGUGUUCCCUACCAUUCCUACAACAAUGCCGGGAAUCGGAGUUGAGACUUGAUUCCAUUUUCCUCCAGUCACUGUCUGAUCGGAAUUAAUUGCUAGAUUUUUUUCCUCAGCUUAGCAGACACGUCCUGGACUAAUUGAAUGGACUGGACAUGGAUUUUUGAUUUCCUUUCCCCCCGGUGCCUUCAGAAUGUUGACUUUGGCCUGAUAGUUCCACAGCUUAAAGAUUAUCGUGCGAGGGUAUUUAUCUUUCUUCUGUUUCACGCCGAUCCGAUAACAUUGCUCCAGAUCCUCCAGUGAUACAUCCACGCCAAGCUACUCCCAUAUGAGCUUGAUCACAUAGCUGAAAAGGUCUCCUUUUUCCUCAUCUUCUGGUAGGGACAAUAUUCUCAUUAUUUUGUCUCAAUCUGUUUUCUAGCUGGAUCAGCUCAUCUCCUAAAGUUUGCACUGUUGUUUCCAGAAGGUCAAUUGUGUUGUCUUGUUCAUCCAAGCGCCCGCCAUGUAUAUGAAUAUCUGACAUGAUACUCUAUUCUUCUUUGCUUUAACAACAGAUUGUAACAGUUUGUUUUAGUCAGCAUUGAGAACAUUUGAAAUAAAAUCUAAUUUUAUUUGCCACAUGCGCCGAAUACAAUCUUACAGUGAAAUGCUUAUUUACAAGCCCUUAACCAACAAUGCAGUUUUAAGAAAAAAAAAGUGUUAAGUAAAAAAAUAGACAAGUAAAAAAUUAAAAUAACAAAUAAUUAAAGAGCAGCAGUAAAAUAACAGUUGGGAGGCUAUAUGCAGGGGGUACCGGUACAAUGUCAAUGUGCGGGGGCACCAGUUAGUCGAGGUAAUUGAGGUAAUAUGUACAUGUGGGUAGUGUUAAAGUGACUAUGCAUGAAUAAUACAAGGUGGUGAUGCAACCAGUCAGGAUGCUCUCGAUGGUGCAGGAUCUGAGGACCCAUGCCAAAUCGUUUCAGUCUCCUGAAGGGGAAUAGGCUUUGUCGUGCCCUCUUCACAACUGUCUUGGUGUGUUUGGACCAUGAUAGUUUGUUGGUGAUGUGGACACCAAGGAAAUUGAAGCUCUCAACCUUUUCCACUACAGCGCCGUUGAUGAGAAUGGGGGUGUGCUCAGUCCUCUUUUUUUUUCCUGUAGUCCACAAUCAUCUCCUUUGUCUUGAUCACGUUGAGGGAGCGGUUGUUAUCCUAGCACCACACGGCCAGGUCUCUGACCUCCUCCCUAUAGGCUGUCUCAUUGUUGUCGGUGAUCACUGUUGUGUCAUCUGAAAACGUAAUGAUGGUGUUGGAGACGUGCCUAGCCCAUGCAGUCAUGGGUGAACAAGGAGUACAGGAGGGGACUGAGCAUGCACCCCUGAGGGGCCCCCGUGUUGAGGAUCAGCGUGGGAGACGUGUUGUUAUCUACUCUUACCACCAGGGGAUGGCCCGUCAGGAAGUCCAGGAUCCAGUUGCAGAGGGAGGUGUUUAGACCCAGGGUCCUUAGUUUAGUGAUGAGAUUUGUGGGCACUAUGGUGUUGAACCGCAAUGAACAGCAUUCUCACAUAGGUGUUCCUUUUGUCCAGGUGGGAAAGGGCAGUGUGGUUGAGAAUGCGUCGUCGGUGGAUCUGUUGGGGCGGUAUGCGAAUUGGAGUGGGUUUAGGGUUUCUGGGAUAAUGGUGUUGAUGUGAGCCAUGACCAGCCUUUCAAAGCACUUCAUGGCUACCGACGUUUGUGCUACGGGUCGGUAGUCAUUUAGGCAGGUUAUAUUAGUGCUCUUGGGCACAGGGACUAUGGUGGUCUGCUUGAAACAUGUUGGUAUUACAGACUCAGUGAAGGAGAGGUUGAAAAUGUCAGUGAAAACACUUGCCAGAUGGUCAGUAUACGCUCAGAGUACACAUCCUGGUAAUCCAUCUGGCCCUGAGGCCUUGUGAAUUUUGACCUGCUUAGAAGUCUUACUCACAUCGGCUACUGAGAGAGUGAUCACAUAGUAAUCCUGAACAGCUGAUGCUCUCAUGCAUGCUUCAGUGUUGCUUGCCUCGAAGCGAGCAUAGAAGUGAUUUAGCUCGUCUGGUAGGCUUGUGUCACUGGGCAGCUUGCGGCUUUGCUUCCCUUUGUAGUCCGUAAUAGUUUGCAAGCCCUGCCACAUCCGACGAGUGUCGGAGCCGGUGUAAUACGAUUCAAUCUUAAUUCUGUAUUGACUCUUUGCCUGUUUGAUGGUUUGUCGGCGGGCAUAGCGGUAUUUCUUAUAAGAGUCCGGGUUAGAGUACCGCUCCUUGAAAGCGGCAGCUCUACCCUUUAGCUCAGUGCGGAUGUUGCCUGUAAUCCAUGGCUUCUGGUUGGGCUAUGUACGUGGUGACGACGUCAUCGAUGCACUUAUUGAUGAAGUAGUGACUGAUGUGGUGUACUCCUCAAUGCCAUCGGAAGAAUCCCGGAACAUAUUCCAGUCUGUGCUAGCAAAACAGUCCUGUAGCUUAGCAUCUGCGUCAUCAGACCACUUCCUUAAUAACCGAGUCACUGGUGCUUCUUGCUUUAGUUUUUGCUUACAAGCAGGAAUCAGGAGGAUAUAAUUAUGGUCAGAAUUGCCAAAUGGAGGGUGAGGGGGUGCUUUGUACGUGUCUCUGUGUGUGGAGUAAAGGUGGUCUAGAGUUUUUCUUUUUUUCUUUGGUUGCACAUUUAACAUGCUUGUAGAAAUUAGGUAGGACGGAUUUAAGUUUCCUUGCAUUAAAGUCCCCGGCCACUAGGAGCGCUGCCUCUGGAUGAGCAUUUUCCUGUUUGCUUACGGCAUUAUACAGCUCAUUGAGUGCAAUCUUAGUGCCAGCAUCGGUUUGUGGUGGUAAAUAGACAGCUACGAAAAAUAUAGAUGAAAACUCUCUUGGUAAAUAGUGUGGUCUACAGCUUAUCAUGAGAUACUCUAUCGCGAGCAAAACCUCGAGACUUCAUUAGUAUUAGAUUUUAUACACCAGCUGUUGUUUACAAAUAUACACAGACCGCCACCCCUUGUCUUACCGGAGUCAGCUGUUCUAUCCUGCCAAUGUAGCAUAUAUCCCGCCAGCUGUAUGUUAUCCAUGUCAUUGUUCAGCCACGACUCAGUGAAACAUAAGAUAUUACAGUUUUUAAUGUACCUUUGGUAGGAUAUCCUUGAUAUUAGGUCAUCCAUUUUGUUUUCAAAUGAUUAUACGUUGGCUAAUAGGAUUGAUGGAAGAGGCAGAUUACUCAGUUGCUGUCGGAUCCUUACAAGACACCCUGACCUACGUCCAUGAUAUCUCUGUCUCUUUCUCAUGCGAAUGACAGGGAUUUGGGCCUUGUCGGGUGCCUGUAGAAUAUCCUUUGCGUCCGACUCGUUGAUGAAAAAAUCUUCAUCCAAUACGAGGUGAGCAAUCGCUGUCCUGAUAUCCAGAAUACCUUUUUGGUCAUAAGAGACAGUGGCAGAAACAUUAUUUACAGAAUAAAUUACAAAUAAGGCAAAAAAACACACAUAAUCGCACAAUUGGUUAGAGGGCCGUAAAACGGCAGUCAUCUCCUCCGGCGCCAUCUUAUAGGGCUUUAGCUAUGUUUUCCUGGAUAUCCUUCAGCUGUUCGUUGCUCUUUGUCGGGCUUGUGCGGUGAAGGAGAUCUUCGUGGGCUAUACUCAGCCUUGUCUCAGGGUAGUAAGUUGGUGGUCUGUUGAUAUCCCUCUAGUGGUGUGGGGGCUGUGCUUUGGUAAAGUGGGAGGGGUUAUAUCCUUCCUGGUUGGCCCUGUCCAGGGGGUAUUGUCGGACGGGACAACAUUGUCCCCCGACCCCCCCCUCUCAGCCUCCAGUAUCCAUGCUGCAAAAGUCUAUGUGCGGGGUGGCUAGGGUCAGUCUGUUAUAUCUGUUGUAAUUCUCCUGUCUUAUCUGGUGUUCUGUGUGAAUUUAAGUAUGCUCCCUCUAAUUAUUCUCUCCCUCCUCUCCCGGAGGACCUGAGCCCUAGGACAAUGCCUCAGGACUACCUGUCCUGAUGACUCCUGCCUGUCCCCAGUCCACCUGGUCGUGCUGCUGUUCCAGUUUCAACUGUUCUGCCAGCGGCUUGAAAACCUGACCUGUUCACCAGACGUGCUACCUUGUCCCGGACCUGCUGUUUUCGACUCUCUCUCUCUCUCUACCGCACCUUGCUGUCUCCACCUCUGAAUGCUUGGCUAUGAAAAGCCAACUGACAUUUACACCUGAGGUACUGACCUGUUGUACCCUCCACAACCACUGUGAUUAUUAUUUGACCCUGCUUAUCAUCUUUGAACAUUUGAACAUCUUGAAGAACAAUCUGGCCUUAAUGGCCAUGUACUUUUAUAAUCUCCACCCCUCAGAGCCUGGUUCCGCUCUAGGUUUCUGCCUAGUUUUUCCUAGCCACUGUGCUUCUACAUCUACAUAGCUUGCUGUUUGGGGUUUUAUGCUGGGUUUCUGUAUAACACUUUGUGACAUCUGCUGAUGUAAAAAGUUCUUUAUAUUUUUGAUUUUACAAAGGGUUGUUUGGUUCGAGUCGCAGCGUUGCUUUAUCCACAGAUUGGUUCGCUGUUUGGUAUAACUGACUGGUAACUUACUGCUCACUCUCUCCCGGUUGCUUGGUAUUAUAUUGAUCUAUCGAUUUCAUAGGCUUAAUUUAAACUAUGUUGUCUGGCUUCUACAUACAGUAUAAUCACUGUUUAUUAACGGUACAAAACGGAGUUACUCCCUCCCCAUGCAUCCUAUCAGUACGCCCAUGCACCUCCUUCUCUGCCCCUGCACAAUGUUAUCAAUGGACGUCUGUCCAAAGUAGGUUAAUUACUUUGGGAUGUGAACUUUUUUGACAAGCGUUUAGGAACAUGUCAUGACUUGCCUCCGCUGCAGGUAAUUAUACAACUGUGUUCUUCUCUCGAAUCUCAUUAGAAAUAAUGUGGAGGGCGAAUAAAUUAUAUAGUAAAACCUGCAAAUGGUGAAUAUAAACCAGGGAAAAAAAACACACCACACCCUCUCAAGCAAAAUAAAAGUUAGACAACCCUAUAUUUUGGUUCCAGUUUAUUGAGGCAGCUUGUGUUAAUGUCAGAAAGUACUGAGUUACAGUAGUCUAGUUGGGAGGAGAUUAAUGCAUGAAUGAGGGUUUUUGCGCCUGGAUGGGAGAGGGAGGACCUGACUCUGGAGAUGUUGAGGAGGUGGAAGCAUGAGGUUUUGACAGUCAGUUGAAGGAGAGGGUGGAAUCCAGGAUGACUCCAUGGUUGCAUGCGUGGGGGGAAGGAGAGACAAUGGUGUCGUCGAUGGUGAGGGUGUCAACUUUGAGUGUGGAUUUGGUACCUUGUCUGCAGAAACAAAUGGACGGACAAACAAGCAGCAGACAGUUUGUAGUAGAUGGUGGCAGAUUGUGGUAAAUUGCUGUCAUUACACAAAUCAUUCUGUCAUUACACCACACUUUCACAAGGGGGAACACUUAUCUAUCGGUAGUCUAAACUGUGGCACAAAUUGGUCCUGCUUCAGGCAAAAAAAAUCAGAAUGGUGGGUGGUCCUGGAGUUGCGUGACUCACACAUUCCUGGCUUUGGAUCAAAAUAAAUAAGUACCAACAUUAUUUCUGAUUGUCUUUAAUAAAGAAAUGUUUUGACCAAGUUAAUCUGCUCAUACUGUGUGUGUGUAUGUGUGUGUGUGUGUUCAAUUAUUUGUGACAUUGCGGUUACAUUGAAGAAUGUAAACAAAAUAAAUCAAAUAAAUCCUAUUCAUAAUGAAUAAUCAGAUGCGUGUUGCAAACUUGUCAGUUUUCAUAUUUUUGUUAAAAAGAUAUAAAUAAAAUAGACAAUACAAAAAAUACACAUAAAAACGACAACUACAUCACACCUGCCCAGACCCACAUGCUCACACCCCCAUCUCCAGCGCCUGCAUCGCUCUUCGCCACAUGGCCUCAAACUGUACCAUUUUGUUUCUCUCAGUCGCCCAUGCACUUUCAACAUUUGGACAAUAAAGCAUUUAAAGGCUGACAUUGGUUGAUUUUCAGUUAAGUAUACAUUUUUUCAAGAUGAUUGACGAGAAAAGUAUCAUCCAACCCAUAGGGUAUCUCACUGAACCCUUAUACAGUGGGGAAAAAAAGUAUUUAGUCAGGCACCAAUUGUGCAAGUUCUCCCACUUAAAAAGAUGAGAGAGGCCUGCAAUUUUCAUCAUAGGUACACGCCAACUAUGACAGACAAAAUGAGGAAAAAUUUUCCAGAAAAUCACAUUGUAGAAUUUUUAAUGAAUUUAUUUGCAAAUUAUGGUGGAAAAUAAGUAUUUGGUCAAUAACAAAAGUUUCUCAAUACUUUGUUAUAUACCCUUUGUUGGCAAUGACACAGGUCAAACAUUUUCUGUAAGUCUUCACAAGGUUUUCACACACUGUUGCUGGUAUUUUGGCCCAUUCCUCCAUGCAGAUCUCCUCUAGAGCAGUGAUGUUUUGGGGCUGUCGCUGGGCAACACGGACUUUCAACUCCCUCCAAAGAUUUUCUAUGGGGUUGAGAUCUGGAGACUGGCUAGGCCACUCCAGGACCUUGAAAUGCUUCUUACGAAGCCACUCCUUCGUUGCCCGGGCGGUGUGUUUGGGAUCAUUGUCAUGCUGAAAGACUCAGCCACGAUUCAUCUUCAAUGCCCUUGCUGAUGGAAGGAGGUUUUCACUCAAAAUCUCACGAUACAUGGCCCUAUUCAUUCUUUCCUUUACACGGAUCAGUCGUCCUGGUCCCUUUGCAGAAAAACAGCUCCAAAGCAUGAUGUUUCCACCCCCAUGCUUCACAGUAGGUAUGGUGUAUUCUUUGGAUGCAACUCAGCAUUCUUUGUCCUCCAAACACGACGAGUUGAGUUUUUACCAAAAAGUUAUAUUUUGGUUUCAUCUGACCAUAUGACAUUCUCCCCAAUCCUCUUCUGGAUCAUCCAAAUGCACUCUAGCAAACUUCAGACGGGCCUGGACAUGUACUGGCUUAAGCAGGGGGACACGUCUCGCACUGCAGGAUUUGAGUCCCUGGCGGCAUAGUGUGUUACUGAUGGUAGGCUUUGUUACUUUGGUCCCAGCUCUCAUUCACUAGGUCCCCCCGUGUGGUUCUGGGAUUUUUGCUCACCGUUCUUGUGAUCAUUUUGACCCCACGGGGUGAGAUCUUGCGUGGAGCCCCAGAUCGAGGGAGAUUAUUAGUGGUCUUGUAUGUCUUCCAUUUCCUAAUAAUUGCUCCCACAGUUGAUUUCUUCAAACCAAGCUGCUUACCUAUUACAGAUUCAGUCUUCCCAGCCUGGUGCAGGUCUACAAUUUUGUUUCUGGUGUCCUUUGACAGCUCUUUAGUCUUGGCCAUAGUGGAGUUUGGAGUGUGACUGUUUGAGGUUGUGGACAGGUGUCUUUUAUACUGAUAACAAGUUCAAACAGGUGCCAUUAAUACAGGUAACGAGUGGAGGACAGAGGAGCCUCUUAAAGAAGAAGUUACAGGUCUGUGAGAGCCAGAAAUCUUGCUUGUUUGUAGGUGACCAAAUACUUAUUUUCCACCAUAAUUUGCAAAUAAAUUCAUUAAAAAUCCUACAAUGUGAUUUUCUGGAUUUUUUUUCCUCAUUUUGUCUGUCAUAGUUGACGUGUACCUAUGAUGAAAAUUACAGGCCGCUCUCAUCUUUUUAAGUGGGAGAACUUGCACAAUUGGUAGCUGACUAAAUACUUUUUUUCCCCACUGUAUGUAAUGUCUUGAAAUAUGCAGACAGACAGAUUAAAAGUUAAUUUCCAUGGUAAUACUUCUGACAGCCAACUUUCUAACGCCGCCCAUAACUUUUGGACUUUAUAACAUUCCCAGAAGGCAUGGAUUAUUAUAACCUACUGAAAAAUUAACCUGGCAAUCUAAUUAAAUUUACUGCAGGCCUAAGACCUAUGGGUUUAACCUUCUGAAUAAAUGAUUAUAUUGAAGAUAGAAGCCGCCUCUUAAUGAGUUCCGAGAGCCAAUCCGUUACCCAACAAAAUAACACAUUUAUUUAGCCUAAUUGUUUUUAUCACUACAGACAGUAGGCUAUUAUUCCUCUUUUCAUGCAUUAAUUAAUUUGUCUGCAUGUCUAUUCAACAUUUGGCUAAAAAGAAACCAUGCCAUGAAUUAAGAACAAUAUAUUUUUAUUUUCAAAAUGCAAUGUGGCACAUUGACAACUUAAAUCGCUUUAAAGAGCAUUCUAAUAUUAGACAACAAAUAAAUAUACUAAAACUAACUUUAAAAACAGUACAUUCAUCACUGGAUUUCUUAAAAUUGCUGUGCAGGGAAAGGAUAUCAUUCAACAUGCCUGGUCGCAGGCUCGCAACUGGCUUCUCUCUGAAACCACAAAUCCAUCUGUAGGUGAAGCUUUAUCCUUUGGAACCACACAAUUACCAGGUGGACAGUAGGCCCCUUGAAGCGAUAGAGGACAUACACAAGAUCCAGUAUUCUUUCACAAUAGCUGGCCUUAUGUUAUCUGCAGUUUUGAACUGCACUGUCCCACUCCGUGGUGGAUAACACCCACUCUUGGUUUAUGUAAUGGGCUGUAAGGCAGAACUAUUUUUUCGAAAACCAUCAGUCCACAUGUCAAAUGUAAUUGCGCCAUUGUAUUUACCCAAGUUCUCUCUCAACUCGGGACCGACUGCCAGCUGAUUUUUUUUGCCCAACGCAGGACUCUAGUGCGAGAGAAGCGUAACUCUUGGACUGAAACAUUCACACCUCCAUUAAUUUACAAAAAGAUAGUGUAAUAGCUUGGCUAGGUGUGAAAAAUCCCCCAAUGUGUGCCACAGUUUAGACUACCGAUAGAUGCUGCAGUCCUAUUGUAAAGUAUAGCUUAAUGGCCAAAAAGUUGUACAUUUCUAACUCAAUAUCCCAGACCUGAUUUGCCUUAACGAAAAAUGCAUCAACCCCUACAAAUAUAUAAAUUUUUUAUAAUUCACAUAAUAAUUCUAAUGAAAUGAGCUGUAGCGAGAGGAGAGAGACUGUAUAUGCUAAAGACAAUCAGAAAGAAUGUGUAUUUAACCCUGCAUUAUAAAGUCACUCAGCCCUAUGCUUAUGUUCCUCCUUCUGUUGCCUGUUUGAGUAUUUGUUUAAUAUCCUACUGAUUCUGUGAUCACCAAGCCUCAUGCAACCUGCAAAAUGUGAAAUACGGUUGUUUUAAAGCUUUGCUGUACUGUAUUAAAGGCUUUACAAUUGUUUCUUCAUUAAAACAGACUCUAAGGUAUUACUUAAUUUAUUUAGUUUUGUUUACACUGUUCCAAAGGGGCAGAACAAUUAUAUUGUUAUCUAACAGCACCUGUUUGUCAUGCAACAGUAUCUCUUGUGCUUUUGACAAACAUUUUACAUGAGGCCUAAUUCACAUGAUAUGCCUAAAAUACUUAUAUCCGCUAGGCUAAUAAAUAAUCACCUUUUUCCUUUUGAUUAUUUAAUUAACCUAUAUGAUGUUAUUUCAAGUUAUCCCUUUGGAGCACAUGCAAAAGCGAUUUGGAAUUUUUACAUUUUACAUUUACGUCAUAUAGCAGACGCUCUUAUCCAGACCGACUUACAAAUUGGUGCAUUCACCUUAUAGCCAGUGGGAUAACCACUUUACAAUAUUUCCUUUUUUUUUGGGGGGGGGGGGGGGGGGGUAGAAGGAUUACUUUAUCCUAUCCCAGGUAUUCCUUAAAGAGGUGGGGUUUCAAGGGACUGAUCAGAGCCUGAACGUACGGAGGUGCCGUUCCCCUCACAGCUCCGUAGGCAAGCACCAUGGUCUUGUAGCAGAUGCAAGCUUCAACUGGAAGCCAGUGGAGUGUGCGGAGGAGCGGGGAGAGAACUUGGGAAGGUUGAACACCAGACGGGCUGCGGCAUUCUGGAUGAGUUGUAGGGGUUUAAUGGCACAGGCACGGAGCCCAGCCAACAGCGAGUUGCAGUAAUCCAGACGGGAGAUGACAAGUGCCUGGAUCAGGACCUGUGCCGCUUCCUGUGUAAGGCAGGGUCGUACUCUCCGAAUGUUGUAGAGCAUGAACCUACAGGAUCGGGUCACCGCCUUGAUGUUAGCGGAGAACGACAGGGUGUUGUCCAGGGUCACGCCAAGGCUCUUCGCACUCUGGGAGGAGGACACAACGGAGUUGUCAACCGUGAUGGCGAGAUCAUGGAACGGGCAGUCCUUCCCCGGGAGGAAGAGUAGCUCUGUCUUGCCGAGGUUCAGCUUGAGGUGGUGAUCCGUCAUCCACACUGAUAUUUCUGCCAGACAUAAAGAGAUGCGAUUCGCCACCUGGUUAUCAGAAGGGGGAAAGAGUUGUUGAAUGGGAGUGACAAAAUGAAUUGCAUUUGAAUGAAUUGAAUUGAUGAGGAUGAAGAAGAACAGGGUGAUUGAAUUUAGAACAACAGUGUAAGAAUUGCUCUUCCUCUGUCCUGCGCACACACUCUUUGUCAGAAGAAACUGUACUGGACUGUAGCCUAUUACUUAAUAAACCUGUUACACUGUAAGGUUUUUAUUCUAAGAGAAACGAAAAUGUUCUGUUAUAUUCCAUUAUAUUCUUAAAAUAUAUAUGUGAUGUCUGCUAAAUUAACAAGUUGAUGGCGAAGCCACAAAGCCUUGGCUACUAAGCACAGAUAAAUAAAACAAAACAAAAUGUGUGUGUCACAUAUUUUCAAGACCUGAGCUAUUUAAUGUAUGUGUUUUAUUUAUUAAAUGUACUUGUGGAAUGUUACCGAAUAUAUAAUAAUAAUAUAAUAAUAUGCCAUUUAGCAGAUGCUUUUAUCCAAAGCGACUUGGGUGGUAUGUAACAACAAUAGAAAGAAGCAUCUGGUGACAUUGGUAGAGAGUCAGGCAGAAUGAAGUGAAAGUGCACUGUACUGUAAGUACGCAACAAGGCUGUGGGCCAGGUGGAAAUGAUUUAGCAGCCUUUCCAAUAAAUUGAAAUGCAAAAGCUGCCAUCCACUCUUGAUGGGCUAUCAGCAGGACAAUAGACUCUUGCCGAGUUUAGGGACUUUAAAUGUAUUAGUUUGCGAGGCAUGUUACUUCACCGAUCUCUUUGCAUAGCCCACCACAUGCAUUGUUUUCUAACCACAUCUGGAUGGUUCCAUAAUGAAUUAAUAUGAAUAAAUAUCACUGAAUGACAGAAGGAUUGGAAUAAUGUAGGCUAAUGCAAUUGAAGGCAACAAAUUGUUGCUUACUGAAACACCCAGUCAUCCAAUUGUUAUAAUAGGAUUUGAAGCAAUAGCCUACCCUGUGUGGUCAACUAUUUCAGCACUGUUUCGCACUUAUUUUCACUGAAUCUCCGUUUGGAUAUUUGUAUUUGUAUUUAUUAUGGAUCCCCAUUGGCUGCUGCCGAGGCAGCAGCUACUCUUCCUGUGGUCUAGCAAAAUUAAGGCUGUUAUACAUUUUAAAAACAUGACAAUACUUUCAGACAGAUUUCACAACAUAUUAAGUGUGUGCCCUCAGGCCUCUACUCUACUACCACAUAUCUAUAACACAAAAUUCAUGUGUACAUGUGUGUAUGUUAUUGUGUGUUUGCAUGCAUGUGUCUAUGUUUGUGUUGCUUCACAGUUUCCGCUGUUCCACAAGGUGUAUUUAUAUCUGUUUUUUAAAUCUAAUUUUACUGCUGGCUUGUUACUUGAUGUGGAAUAGAGUUCAAUGUAGUCAUGGCUCUAUGUAGUACUGUGCGCCUCCCAUAGUCUGUUCUUGAUUUGAGGACUGUGAAGAGACCUCUGGUGGCAUGUCUUGUGGGGUAUGCAUGGGUGUCCGAGCUGUGUGCCAGUAGGAUUGUGGUUAGCCUACAAUUAGGCUGUGGAACUGUUAGGAUUAUUUUGCUCUUUACUCGCUGUCGCUUAGUAGCCUAGGCCUACUCCCAAACUGUCACGUUGUACAGCGCCAUAUAUUCCUAACGGAAACCCUGAGGCCUACAUAGGCUACUGUAAAAUGCAUUUUAGUUUUUCUUGGAAUAGAAACACCACAAUAUUAAUCAAUUUAAUUCAGCUACAUUUCUAAUAGCAUAAACAGCACAACACAUUUUGUAUUUAUUUUUAUUUUUAUUUAACAUUUAUUUAACCAGGAAGGGCUCAUUGAGAUUUUAAAUCUCUUUUUCAAGAGCGUCCUGGCCAAGAUGGGCACCACCAAGUCAUUACACAGUUACAGACAGACAACAUGAAGAACUACAAAUAAUCUAGUAAACAUCCAUAGAAAUCACAGGAGUAUAACAAAAUCAUAAAACAGCAAUUUAAAAACAUUGACAGGUCAAGGAAUCAAUGAUUUAAAAACCCCAAUCUGGACAAGUUCUUCCAGUUUAAAAGUAUGUUGUAAGGCGUUCCAAGCCGAUGGCACAGAGUACAUAAAAUACCUUUUAUCAAAUUCAGUUUGUACAUUUGCAACAGUUAGCAGGAUAAAGUCCCGCGAACGAAGGGAGUACCAACCACAUAACAUUUUUGUUUAAAGCCCAGAUAAAAUGGUAGUAAACCCAAAAAGUAUACCAGUGAUUGAGUCUACGAGUGACUAGAGAAGGCCAGCCAACCCUGGUAUAUAAAGUGCAAUGGUGCGUAAGGGUUUUGCAGUUAAAAAUAAAUCUCAAUGCUCCAUGAUAAAGGGUGUCAAUUGAUCACACACACUGAGCAGAAGCAUUCAUAUAUAACAUAUCUCCAUAGUCUAGUAUAGGCAUACAUGUAGCUGAUACAAGACUCCUUCUGGCUUCAAAAGAAAAACAGGCCUUAUUCCUAAAAUAAAAUCCAACUUCAGCUUCAAUUUUUGGUAAAUUGUUGAAUAUGCAAUUUAAAAGAGAGGCUGUCAUCAAUUACAAUUCUAAGAUAUUUAUAUGAGGUUACAACCUCAAUCUCAUUGCCCUGACAGAGGUCUAUUUAUUGCUUUAGAAAACACCAUUAGUUUGGUUUUGUCAGCAUUGAGGAUAAGCUUCAAUUGACACAAGGUAUGUUGAACAGUAUAAAAAGCAGUUUGCAAGUUCUGGAAAGCUUUUGUGAGAGACAAGGCACAACAAUAAAUAACAGUAUCAUCAGCAUAAAAGUGAAGUUGCGCAUUUUGCACAUUUUUGUCUAAAUUAUUUAUAUAAAUAGUGAAUAAGAGGGGACCAAGUCAAGAGCCCUGGGACACACCAUUACAGACAGACAAUUUAGCAAACAUGAGCCCAUCAAAUUGAGUGCACUGAGUUCUAUUAGACAGAUAGUUAGCAAACCAUGCAACUGCAUGCUCCGAAAGACCUACGCUCGACAAUCUCUGCCUCAGUAUAGCAUGAUCAACUGUAUCAAAAGUCUUAGAGAGAUCAAUAAAAAGUGGGAGACACAAUAAUAAUUUACAAACAAAUUAUAAUCAAUUACAUAUAGUCUAUUCAAACAAAAAAGGUUUAAGUCUCUAGUACAGGCAAUAUUCAAAACAGUCAAUUCCAUUCGUGAAUUCAAUCGCUUUAGUUGACGUUGCGAUUUAUUCAUUAUUAAAUUUUUCAAGGCUCCCUUUGUUAUUUCAUUUUAUAACUAAAAUGCUUGACUAAAUUUAAAGACAUGGAUGACUUGUAUGCUGUGUGAUUACAUGCACAAAUCAAUUAAUGAUUGAUUGAUAUACUGUAUACUGAUGUAGGCCUUUAUGCCAAUAAGUAGGUUACAUUAAAACAGCUACAGUAAACAGGACUCUUAGGCCUACAGCUCAAUGUCAUUUCAAUAACUUAAUUUCAAUAAAAACCUUGAACCCACCUGUCCCUGACUUUCCUAAAUAUGUGUAUUUUACACUAUCACUAGGCCUCCAUUGAGAAAAUACAGUGGGGAGAACAAGUAUUUGAUACACUGCCGAAUUUGCAGGUUUUCCUACUUACAAAGCAUGUAGAGGUCUGUAGUUUUUAUCAUAGGUACACUUCAACUGUGAGAGACGGAAUCUAAAACAAAAAUCCAGAAAAUCACAUUGUAUGAUUUUUAAGUAAUUAAUUUGCAUUUUAUUGCAUGACACAAGUAUUUGAUCACCUACCAACCAGUAAAAAUUCAGGCUCUCACAGACCUGUUAGAUUUUCUUUAAGAAGCCCUCCUGUUCUCCACUCAUUACCUGUAUUAACUGCACCUGUUUGAACUCGUUACCUGUAUAAAAGAUACCUGUCCACACACUCAAUCAAACAAACUCCAACCUCUCCACAAUGGCCAAGACCAGAGAGCUGUGUAAGGACAUCAGGGAUAAAAUUGUAGACCUGCACAAGGCUGGGAUGGGCUACAGGACAAUAGGCAAGCAGCUUGGUGAGAAGGCAACAACUGUUGGCGCAAUUAUUAGAAAAUGGAAGAAGUUCAAGAUGACGGUCAAUCACCCUCGGUCUGGGGCUCCAUGCAAGAUCUCACCUCGUGGGGCAUCAAUGAUCAUGAGGAAGGUGAGGGAUCAGCCCAGAACUACAAGGCAGGACCUGGUCAAUGACCUGAAGAGAGCUGGGACCACAGUCGCAAAGAAAACCAUUAGUAACACACUACGCCAUCAUGGAUUAAAAUCCUGCAGCGCACGCAAGGUCCCCCUGCUCAAGCUAGCGCAUGUCCAGGCCCAUCUGAAGUUUGCCAAUGACCAUCUGGAUGAUCCAGAGGAGGAAUGGGAGAAGGUCAUGUGGUCUGAUGAGACAAAAAUAGAGCUUUUUGGUCUAAACUCCACUCGCCGUGUUUGGAGGAAGAAGAAGGAUGAGUACAACCCCAAGAACACCAUCCCAACCGUGAAGCAUGGAGGUGAAAACAUAAUUCUUUGGGGAUGCUUUUCUGCAAAGGGGACAGGACGACUGCACCGUAUUGAGGGGAGGAUGGAUGGGGCCAUGUAUCGCGAGAUCUUGGCCAACUCCUUCCCUCAGUAAGAGCAUUGAAGAAGGGUCGUGGCUGGGUCUUCCAGCAUGACAACGACCCGAAACACACAGCCAGGGCAACUAAGGAGUGGCUCCGUAAGAAGCAUCUCAAGGUCCUGGAGUGGCCUAGGUAGUCUCCAGACCUGAACCCAAUAGAAAAUCUUUGGAGGGAGCUGAAAGUCUGUAUUGCCCAGCGACAGCCCCGAAACCUGAAGGAUCUGGAGAAGGUCUGUGUGGAGGAGUGGGCCAAAAUCCCUGCUGCAGUGUGUGCAAACCUGGUCAAGACCUACAGGAAACGUAUGAUCUCUGUAAUUGCAAACAAAGGUUUCUGUACCAAAUAUUAAGUUCUGCUUUUCUGAUGUAUCAAAUACUUAUGUCAUGCAAUAAAAUGCAAAUUAAUUACUUAAAAAUCAUACAAUGUGAUUUUCUGGAUUUUUGAAGUUGAAGUGUACCUAUGAUAAAAAUUACAGACCUCUACAUGCUUUGUAAGUAGGAAAACCUGCAAAAUCGGCAGUAUAUCAAAUACUUGUUCUCCCCACUGUAUCAUAAAAGACUACAACUUUCUGAGCAUGCCAAUUAAAUUAACUUGUUCAUUUAGCAGACAUAAUAUGUUUAUAUUCUCUAGCUCUUUGGAAUAUAACAGAUUACAAUAGAAAGGAUAUUUUCCCCAAAUUGGUAUUUGCUGAUUGUCAUCAGUAGGCAUGGAGCUGUCACACCCUGAUCAGUUUCAACUGUCCUGUGCUUGUCUCCACCCCCCACCAGGUGUCUCCCAUUUGCCCGCAUUAUCUCCUGUGUAUUUAGACCUGCGUUUUCUGUUUGUCUGUUGCCAGUUCGUCUUUACCCAUCAAGUUCUACCAGCAUGUUCUACCGAGACCUACCGAUUGCCUGCCGUCCUGUACCUGCCUGACUCUGAUUUGGAUUACGACUCUUUGCCUGCCUGGACUUAACUUUUGCCUGCCCCUUGUUAUGUAAUAAACUCUGAGACUCGUACUAUCCGCCUCCUGUGUCUGCAUCUGUGUCUUAGCCUGAGCCUUGAUAGGCACUGUGGUUAUUCUAGGAAAACAUUAUAUUUUGAAAGAGAUACCGUCUAUUAAACAUUUUCUGUUUGGAAAAACUAAGUUCAUUAAAAAACUUGCAAUAUGCUCUUUCGGAUAGGAUAUAGCAAUCAAAACGUCUGGCCUGCAGGAUUAUUUGGAAAAGUAAGCAAGCACCAACAACCUUCAUACAGACACCCUCAAAGAUGCCCUCUGGUGGUCAAACUAGCAUUAAUGGCAACAAUGGCUGACAGUAAAAUACUAUGACGUCAUGCAUUCCAGCAUGCCAUAACAUUCCGCAGCAUCCCGCAAGCUGUGCUGCAGUAUGACGCAACUUUUAAAUGAGGGCCCACUGUAUAUGAGAUGGAAGGGAGUUCCAUGCAAUCAUGGCUGGUGAGGCCAGUGCUGUGCGUAAGUUGACUAUGCAAACAAUUUGGAAUUUCCAACACAUUAAUGUUUCUAAUAAAAUAAAAAUGAUACAGUCAGUCUUUCCUCAACUCUUAGGCAAGAGAGUCUGGCAUGCAUAGUAUUUAUAUUAUCCCUCUGAUUACAAUGAAGAGCAAAACAUGCCGCUCUGUUCUGGGCCAGCUGCAGCUUAACUAGGUCCUCCUUUGCAGCACUUGACCAAAUGACUGGACAAUAAUCAAGAUAAGAUAAAACUAGAGCAUGCAGGACUUGCUUUGUGCAGUGUGGUGUCAGAAACAGCAUAGCAUCGCUUUAUCACAGACAGACGUCUCCCCAUCUUUAAAACCAUUAAAUCUACACUACCAGUCAAAAGUUUGGACACACCUACUCAUUCAAGGGUUUUUCUUUAUUUUCACUAUUUUCUACAUUGUAUAAUAAUAGUGAAGGCAUCAUAGGUAUGAAAUAACACAUAUGGAAUCAUGUAGUAACCAUAAAAGUGUUAAACAAAUCAAAAUAUAUUUUAUAUUUGAGAUUCUUCAAAUAGCCACCCUUUGCCUUGAUGACAAAUUUGCACACUCUUGGCAUUCUCUCAACCAGCUUCAUGAGGUAUUCACCUGGAAUGCAUUUCAAUUAACAGGUGUGCCUUCUUAAAAGUUAAUUUGUGGAAUUGAUUUCCUUCUUAAGGCGUUUGAGCCAAUCAGUUGUGUUGUCAACAGGACAAUGACACAACACACCUCCAGGCUGUUGUGGCCUCCACAAUCCCCUGUUCUCAACUCAAUUGAGAUGGUUUGGGAUGAGUCGGAAGGAAGAGUGAAGGAAAAGCAGCCAACAAUUGCUCAUCAUAUGUGGGAACUCCUUCAAGACUGUUGGAAAAGCAUUCCAGGUGAAGCUGGUUGAGAGAAUGCCAAGAGUGUGCAAGGCUGUCAUCAAGGCAAAGGAUGGCUAUUUGAAGAAUCUCAAAUAUAAAAUACAUUUAGAUUUGUUUAACACUUUUUUGGUUACUACAUGAUGUGUUAUUUCAUCGUUUUGAUGUCUUCACUAUUAUUAUACCGUGUAAAAACUAGUAAAAUAAAAUAAAAAAUAAAAGCUUGAAUGAGUAGGUGUGCCCAACCUUUUGACUGGUACUGUAUCUUAAGAAGUAAAAUUAUUUUUUGUUCUUACAUAUAGUGAUAAAAGGAGGGAGUGUAGUGGACAUGUUAGUGUCCUCUGUGUCUCUGCAAAUGCGUGACUACAUGUAGCAUGUUGUUUCCUGAUUAUUGUAUAAGGAUGUUCUGUGACUUUGCUCUCAAGGAGUCGACUGAUAGAAGAACAUAAGAAAGAAGGGAACACAUUGUUACUUUGGCCCAACGCCUACAAACUAUGUGUGCAAGGUCAUUAUCAGCUUAUUGCACCCUGAGAGCAGAGACACCUAGUUUGAGUAUUGAGUUUGUUGUAACCUCUCCGGCCGAUAUCAAUAAAGAUCAGUUCAUUUAACUUUGACUUGGAGUCCUUAGUGCUAAUUUCCAUGACACCACCAUACAACAAUAUUACAAUGUAAGUGUGUGUAGAUUUGCGUGUGCUAGAGUGUGUCUGUACCUGUGGGCAUGGUUGUCUCUUCACAGUUGUUACAUAAGAUGUUUUCUUAUCUGUUUAAAAAAAAAUCUGAUUCUACUGCUUGCAUCAGUUACCUGAUGUGGAAUAGAGUUCCAUGUAGUCAUGGCUCUAUGUAGUACUAUGCGCCUCCCAUAGUCUGUUCUGGAUUUGGGCACUGUGAAGAGACCACUGGUGGCAUGUCUUGUGGGGUAUGCAUGGGUGUCCGAGCUAUGUGCCAGUAGUUCAAACAGACAGCUCGGUGCAUUCAAAAUGUCAAUACCUCUCACAAAUACAAGUAGAUAUGAAGCCAAUCUCUCCUCCACUUUGAGCCAGGAGAUAUUGACAUGCGUAUUAUUAAUGUUACCGUUCUGUGAACAUAACCAAGAUGGCAUAGCAGUGCGGUCGUGUACUCUGUAGUGUGUCCGUGUAAAUAGUCUGUUUUUUGUUUUUUGUCUCUUUCGUAUAUCUUUCUCAAUCACACUUUUCAUCCUUCAACAAAAUAUACUUUCCUGCAACCCUCCUCACCCAAUGUGGAACGGAUUCUAUUAUUUAUUUUACCUUUUUAUCCAGAACCUCCGUUUGAAACUAGCCAGCUAGCCAGCUAACUAGCUAACUAGCUACUUGCUAUUAGCCACCGUUAGCGGUUUUCACCAUUGUCCGUGGCCUGCACUACCUACCAGCCAGCUCUAGCCUGGACUAUUAUCGGCCAGUCUGCACUGUCUGCAUAGCGCGCUAUCGACCAAGAACAUAUCGGAUUUUCUGCCAGAAUCACUGAAUCACUGGACCUUAACACCGGAUCAUUGCAACUAGCUAGCAGCAACCAAAUGGAUGUUGUUGGCUAAUCACCACCGCCCCCGAAGCAAGCGCCAGUUAGCCUUGAGCUAGCCUCGAGCCAGGCCCAUCUCCCGGCUAUCUACCUCUCUGUCAACCGGACGGGACCUCCUAGUGUCGACACGGAGCCCCGCUGAUCCAUCAGACUGGUCUGCCGACGUAAUCGUCUGAUGUGGUUUCAAUAGGCUUCCCGUUGCAACGACCACAAAGAUCCAUCUGCUAGCCCCGGCACGCUAGCACACGCGAUCAACAGCCGUGCUUCCUGCUCGCAUGUGCUGUAGCAGCCAUUCGAACUGCUCCCGGACUCACCUAUUACUGUUCACUGGACCUUAUGAUCACUCAGCUGCAAAGCUGAUGCCUGCUGGACUGUUCCUUUACACGGUACCCCCAUCCUGUUUAUCUGUCCUGUUUAUCUGUUUAGCCUCAGCCCAAACUUUCGUCGCCAUUACCAGUUGUUGUCUUAGAUCUCAAUGUAACACCUGUGAUUGCUUUAUGCCUCUCUCCCAUGUCAAUAUGCCUUGCCUAUUGCUGUUCCGGUUAGUUCUUAUUAUACAAUUUCACUGUAGAGCCCCCAGUCCCGCUCAACCAGCCUCAGAGAGCUCCUUUGUCCCACCCCCCAUACACGUGGACACCGGCUCAAUCGGUGCCUCCAGUGAUGCUAUCUCUUUCAUUGUUACCCAACGCUUAGAUUUACCUCCACUGUACUCAUAUCCUUCCAUAUCUAUUCUACAAUGCCCGGAAAUCUGCCCCUUUUAUUCUCUGUACCCAACGCACUAGAAGACAAGUUCUUAAAGCCUUUAGCCGUAUCCUUAUUCUACUCCUCCUCUGUUCCUCUGGUGAUGCAGAGGUUAACCCAGGCCCUGUAGCCCCCAGUAUCACGCCUACUCCUCAGGCGCUAUCAUUUGUUGACUUCAGUAACAGGAAAAGCCUUGGUUUUUUGCAUGUUAACAUCAGAAGCCUCCUCCCUAAGUUUGAGUUACUCACUGCAUUAGCACACUCCGCCAACCCUGAAGUUCUAGCAGUGUCUGAAUCCUGGCUUAGGAAGACCACCAAAAACUCUGAUAUUUCCAUCCCCAACUACAACAUUUUCCGUCUAGAUAGAACUGCCAAAGGGGGCGGAGUUGCAGUCUACUGUAGAAAUAGUCUGCAGAGCUCUAUCAUACCAUCCAGGUCUGUGCCCAAACAGUUUGAGCUUCUACUUCUAAAAAUCCACCUCUCCAGAAGUCUAUCACUGUUGCCACUUGCUACAGACCCCCCUCAGCCCCCAGCUGUGCCCUGGUCAUCAUAUGUGAAUUGGCCUAGACAGCUGCCUUGGGAAAUUCUGAUUCUACCUGGAUUAUGUUGGAGAUACUUCAAUUAAAGAACACCCUCUGUGUUCUGUUAGACAGGUAACUAUUUUUCCACAAUAUAGCAGGUGAUGUACAGUGAGGGAAAAAAGUAUUUGAUCCCCUGCUGAUUUUGUACGUUUGCCCACUGACAAAGAAAUUAUCAGUCUAUAAUUUUAAUGGUAGGUUUAUCUGAACAGUGAGCGACAGAAUAACAACAAAAAAAUCCAGAAAAAAACGCAUGUCAAAAAUGUUAUACAUUGAUUUGCAUUUUAAUGAGGGAAAUAAGUAUUUGACCCCCUCUCAAUUAGAAAGAUUUCUGGCUCCAAGGUGUCUUUUAUACAGGUAACGAGCUGAGAUUAGGAGAACACUCUUAAAGGGAGUGCUCCUAAUCUCAGCUUGUUACCUGUAUAAAAGACACCUGUUCACAGAAGCAAUCAAUCAAUCAGAUUCCAAACUCUCCACCAUGGCCAAGACCAAAGAGCUCUCCAAGGAUGUCAGGGACAAGAUUGUAGACCUACACAAGGCUGGAAUGGGCUACAAGACCAUCGUCAAGCAGCUUGGUGAGAAGGUGACAACAGUUGGUGCAAUUAUUCGCAAAUGGAAGAAACACAAAAUAACUGUCAAUCUCCCUCGGCCUCCAUGCAAGAUCUCACCAGGUGGAGUUGCAAUGAUCAUGAGAACGGUGAGGAAUCAGCCGAGAACUACACGGGAGGAUCUUGUCAAUUAUCUCAAGGCAGCUGGGACAAUAGUCACCAAGAAAACAAUUGGUAACACACUACGCCGUGAAGGACUGAAAUCCUGCAGCGCCCGCAAGGUCCCCCUGCUCAAGAAAGCACAUAUACAGGGCCGUCUGAAGUUUAACAAUGAACAUCUGAAUGAUUCAGAGGAGAACUGGAUGAAAGUGUUGUGGUCAGAUGAGACCAAAAUCGAGCUCUUUGGCAUCAACUCAACUCGCCGUGUCUGGAGGAGGAGGAAUGCUGCCUAUGACCCCAAGAACACCAUCGCCUCCGUCAAACAUGGAGGUGGAAACAUUAUGCUUUGGGGGUGUUUUUCUGCUAAGGGGACAGGACAACUUCACCGCAUCAAAAGGACGAUGGACGGGGCCAUGUACCAUCAAAUCUUGGGUGAGAACCUCCUUCCCUCAGCCAGGGCAUUGAAAAUGGGUCGUGGAUGGGUAUUCCAGCAUGACAAUGACCCAAAACACAUGGCCAAGGCAACAAAGGAGUGGCUCAAGAAGAAGCACAUUAAGGUCCUGGAGUGGCCUAGCCAGUCUCCAGACCUUAAUCCCAUAGAAAAUAUGUGGAAGGUGUGAAGGUUCGAGUUGCCAAACGUCAGCCUCGAAACCUUAUUAACUUGGAGAAGAUCUGCAAAGAGGAGUGGGACAAAAUCCCUCCUGAGAUGUUUGCAAACCUGGUGGCCAACUACAAGAAACGUCUGACCUCUGUGAUUGCCAACAAUAGUUUUGCCACCAAGUACUAAGUCAUGUUUUGCAGAGGGGUCAAAUACUUAUUUCCCUCAUUAACAUGCAAAUCAAUUUAUAACAUUUUUGACAUGCGUUUUUCUGGAUUUUUUUGUUGUUAUUCUGUCUCUCACUGUUCAAAUAAACCUACCAUUAAAAUUAUAGACUGAUCAUGUCUUUGUCAUUGGACAAACGUACAAAAUCAGCAGGGGAUCAAAUACUUUUUUCCCUCACUGUAAAGCUAUAACACAUACAGUCGGGAAAAAAAGUAUUUAGUCAGCCACCAAUUGUGCAAGUUCUCCCACUUAAAAAGAUGAGAGAGGCCUGUAAUUUUCAUCAUAGGUACACGUCAACUAUGACAGACAAAAUGAGGGAAAAAAAUCCAGAAAAUCACAUUGUAGGAUUUUCUAUGAAUGUAUUUGCAAAUUAUGGUGGAAAAUAAGUAUUUGGUCAAUAACAAAAGUUUUUCAAUACUUUGUUAUAUACCCUUUGUUGGCAAUGACACAGGUCAAAUGUUUUCUGUAAGUCUUCACAAGGUUUUCACACACUGUUGCUGGUAUUUUGGCCCAUUCAUCCAUGCAGAUCUCCUCUAUAGCAGUGAUGUUUUGGGGCUGUCGCUGGGCAACACGGACUUUCAACUCCCUCCAAAGAUUUUCUAUGGGGUUGAGAUCUGGAGACUGGCUAGGCCACUCCAGGACCUUGAAAUGCUUCUUACGAAGCCACUCCUUCGUUGCCCGGGCGGUGUGUUUGGGAUCAUUGUCAUGCUGAAAGACCCAGCGACAUUUCAUCUUCAAUGCCCUUGCUGAUGGAAGGAGGUUUUCACUCAAAAUCUCACGAUACAUGGCCCCAUUCAUUCUUUCCUUUACACAGAUCAGUCGUCCUGGUCCCUUUGCAGAAAAACAGCCCCAAAGCAUAAUGUUUCCACACCCAUGCUUCACAGUAGGUAUGGUGUUCUUUGGAUGCAACUCAGCAUUCUUUGUCCUCCAAACACGACGAGUUGAGUUUUUACCAAAAAGUUAUAUUUUGGUUUCAUCUGACCAUAUGACAUUCUCCCAAUCCUCUUCUGGAUCAUCCAAAUGCACUCUAGCAAACUUCAGAUGGGCCUGGACAUGUACUGGCUUAAGCAGGGGGACACGUCUGGCACUGCAGGAUUUGAGUCCCUGGCGGCGUAGUGUGUUACUGAUGGUAGGCUUUGUUACUUUGGUCCCAGCUCUCUGCAGGUCAUUCACUAGGUCCCCCGUGUGGUUCUGGGAUUUUUGCUCACCGUUCUUGUGAUCAUUUUGACCCCAUGGGGUGAGAUCUUUCGUGGAGCCCCAGAUCGAGGGAGAUAUCAAUGGUCUUGUAUGUUUUCCAUUUCCUAAUAAUUGCUCCCACAGUUGAUUUCUUCAAACCAAGCUGCUUACCUAUUGCAGAUUCAGUCUUCCCAGCCUGGUGCAGGUCUACAAUUUUGUUUCUGGUGUCCUUUGACAGCUCUUGGCCAUAGUGGAGUUUGGAGUGUAACUGUUUGAGGUUGUGGACAGGUGUCUUUUAUACUGAUAACAAGUUCAAACAGGUGCCAUUAAUACAGGUAACGAGUGGAGGAAAGAGGAGCCUCUUAAAGAAGAAGUUACAGGUCUGUGAGAGCCAGAAAUCUUGCUUGUUUGUAGGUGACCAAAUACUUAUUUUCCACAUAAUUUGCAAAUAAAUUCAUUAAAAAUCCUACAAUGUGAUUUACUGGAUUUUUUUUCUCAAUUUGUCUUUCAUAGUUGAUGUGUACCUAAGAUGAAAAUUACAGGCCUCUCUCAUCUUUUUAAGUGGGAGAACUUGCACAAUUGGUGGCUGACUAAAUACUUUUUUCACCACUGUACGUUUUUCCAGCAGCAGACUAUGAUCGAUAAUCUCAAAAGCUGCACUGAAGUCUAACAAAACUGUCCCCACAAUCUUUUUGAUAUCAAUUUCUCUCAGCAAAUCAUCAGUAAAUUGUGUCAGUACUGUGCUUGUUGAAUGUCCUUCCUUAUAAGCAUGCUGAAAGUCUGUUGUCAAUCUGUUUACUGUAAAAUAGCAUUGUAUCUGGUCAAAAUAAAAAUCUAAAACAUUACUAAGGGUUGGUAACAGGCUGAUUGGUCAGCUAUUUGAGCCAGUAAAGGGCUUUACCAUUCUUAGGUAGUGGAAUUACUUUUGCUUCCCUCCAGGCCUGAGGGCAUAUACUUUCUAGUAGGUUUAAAUUUAAGAUAUGGCAAAUAGCAGUGGCAAUAUUGUUUGCUAUUGUCCUCAGUAAUUUUCCAUCCAAGUUGUCACACCCCGGUGGCUUGUCAUUGCUGAUAGACAACAAUACUUUUUUCACCUCUUCCACACUCACUUUACGGAAUUCAAAAUAACAAUGCUUGUCUUUCAUCAUUUGGUCAGAUAUACUUGGAUGUGUAGUGUUAGUGUUUGCUGCUGGCAUGUCAUGCCCAAGUUUGCUAAUCUUGCCAAAUAAAAAAGUAUUAAAGUAGUUGGCAAUAUCAGUGGGUUUUGUGAUGAAUGAGCCAUCGGAUUCAAUGAAUGAUAGAGCUGAGUUUGCCUUUUUGACCUAAAUGUAAUUUAAGGUGCUCCAAAGCUUUUUGCUAUCAUUCUUUAUAUCAUUUAUCUUUGUUUCAUAGUAUAGUUUCUUGUUUCUAUUCAGUUUAGUCACAUGAUUUCUCAAUUUGCAGUACGUUUGCCAAUCGGUUGUGCUGCCAGACUUAUUUGCAAACAGUAUAACUCUGGUUCAUAGGCACAUGAUACUGCAUACAAUAGCUGUUUGAUCAGCAGAGGCAUCCAGGGCAGUUAGAGUCCCCUGUAGCUCAGUCGGUAGAGCAUGGCGCUUGCAACACCAGGGUUGUGGGUUCGUUUCCCACGGGGGGCCAGUAUGAAAAUGUAUGCACUCACUAACUGUAAGUUGCUCUGGAUAACAGUGUCUGCUAAAAUGACUAAAAUGUAAAUAUAAUAAAUUAAGUUAGUAACAUUGUUUCUUCCAACGCCCCUGUGAUAAUGUACUUUUGCUGAAGCAUUAUGACAACUCAGCGACUCAAUGGUAGGGAUUAACUGAGCUGGGCUUGGGUCAUUGAUAAGUCCUUGUCUCAACGCAGCCUUAUAAUGCUGUGAAAGGAUCCAGGAACCCAAACGAUUUGGGUGGAACACAUCCUCCUUGUAAAACGAGUUUUUUUUGCAGAAGGUAUCAAAGUUGUCAAAAAAUUUACACCCACAGAGCUGCAAUAGUCAGUUAUGGAGGGCUAAAAGUCUGCUGAAAUGUUCAAUGCCACGAUUUAGGGAGGGCCAGAUAUUAUGGAGCGUUUGUUGGUGUCAAGCAGUAACCCAAUCAGUUCUUUAAAAUCCGUCUUCAGCUGUUCUGAGCUGCCCUUCAAAAUGUAAUUGAAUCACACAUGAACCAUGAUAAACUCAAUAUCCUGAUGCUGGUUUAAAAUGUUUGGGAAAACCUAACACUGUAAUAGAACAACCUUUCAAAUAAUGCCCACCUGACCCAGAUUGCUAUUGAUAAUGGACCGUUUCUGGGUUGCGUAAACAACAAUAGUUAUUGUGUGAUGGGAGUGUGUUCCAAACUAGACAAAUGCAAGGGUGCUUGCUCUAGUUCCUCAAAGGUACGGCUAAGAGAGCUAAAAAUAAGUGACUUAUAGUUGAAUACUCUUCUGAGUCAUAAAAGUGCAUUGAAAUUGCUUAGGAACUGUGGCCACUUGACGACACCAGUUAGUCCUCUCACUCAAGCCCUUGUACACUGAACAAAAAUAGAAACGCAACAUGUAAAUUGUUGAUAUCAUGUUUCAUGAGCUGAAAUAAAAUAUCCCCAACAUUUUCCACACGCACAAAGAUUGUGUGCACAAAUGUUUUACGGCCCUGUUAGUGAGCAUGUCUCCUUUGCCAAGAUAAUCCAUCCACCUGACAGGUGUGGAAUAUCAAGAAGCUGAUUAAACAGCAUAAUCAUUACACAGGUGCACAUUGUGAUGGGGACAAUAAAAGGCCAAUCUAAAAUGUGCAGUUUUGUCACACAACACAAUGACACAGAUGUCUGAUGUUUUGAGGGAGCAUGCAAUUGGCAUGCUGACUGCAAGAAUGUCCACCAGAGCUGUUGCCAGAGAAUUUAAUGUUCAGCCGGCCUCACAACCGCAGAGCAUGUGUAUUGUGUUAUGUGGGUGAGCGGUUUACAAAGAUAACAAAGACAAUAGCAUUUUAUCGAUGGCAAUUUGAAUGCACAGAGAUACCGUGACGAGAUCCUGAGGCCCAUUGUCGUUCCAUUCAUCCGCCGCCAUCACCUCAUGUUUCAGCAUGAUAAUGCAAGGCCCUAUGUCAAAAGGAUCUGUACACAAUUCCCGGAAGCUGAAAAUGUCCCAGUUCUUUUAUGGCCUGCAUAGUCACCAGACAUGUCACCCGUUGAGCAUGUUUGGGAUGCUCUGGAUUGACGUGUAUGACAGCGUGUUCCAGUUCAUGCCAUAAUCCAGCAACUUCACAUAGCCAUUGAAGAGGAGUGGGACGACAUUCCACAGGCCACAAUCAACAGCCUGAUCAACUCUAUGCGAAGGUGAUGUGUCGUGCUGCAUGAGGCAAAUGGUGGUCACACCAGAUACUGACUGGUUUUAAUGUACAGUAUCUGAGACCAACAGAUGCAUAAUAUAUUAUUAAAAAGGUUCAAAAUAUGACCCCUCCCAUCACAAAAAGUUUAUUGUUUGAAGCGUUACACAGGCAGCCCAGCUUUCGAGUAUAAGCUGUGACACUGUUGCGAAAAUAUAUACAUCAUGUCACAGAACCUUUGCCAGAGGGGUUCCUCAAGGAACCUUUGUGACCUAGAAAGGUUCCCCCAGUGUGGCAAAUUUUGUGGCAAGUAGUGUAACACAAUUAGCUUGAUGUCUAUACAUUUUGUUUUUAAAUCCUACAGUGGUUUUAAAACCAUUUAAUGUACAGACUUUUAAGUUCAACACCAUCUUCACGGUGAAUGUUACCCAACCCUGAGGUCAGUACAGUAUGCAAUAAUUUCAAAAUAUGAUUGGCUGCCGUGAGACUGAUUAGUUUUCCUUCUUUAUCAGGAAGAGGUCAGAGGUGUGUAUAUGUGUGUGUGUCUGCUGGGAUAAAUGCUAUAAUGCUCUCUCUACAAAUUGAGAUAGUCACUACUAUGUUCCUGACCAAUUUAACGUUGGUCAUUGUUUAUAGAUAGCAGGCGUAUGAAUGGGGACAUAGUGGAUUAUAACGCCAUGCCAUUACAGGCUACAGUUAGCCGGCCGUUAACCAAUGCUGACAUCAGGAGAUUAGUCCAGACCGGACUAAUUCACCCUACAGCAGGCCUGUGUUUUCAGUGGUUGUUUUGAAUGAUCUGUGGUGUACACAUACAGACACUGCCCAGCCAAGGUAAUGCAUACUGUAUCUGCUGUCACUGUGUCAACUCAAAUGAAAUGCUCUCAACGAGUCCAUUCCACACACACACACACACACACACACACACACACACACACAGAUCUCACCAGCAGUUUCCCAGAUAUGACUUGCAGUUGCAGCCAGAGGAUGGCUGUAAUAAAAUGACAGUAAUAAUUUGGUUGUCACCACGUUUCUAUCCAACCAUUUCAUGCAGAUGAAUUACCUGACUCAUGGAAAAAGUCAAUACCGGGUUUAUGGAAACAGAAAAUGCCGGUACAAUUUUAUAAAUGUCGACAGACAAUUUGUUCGUUCGACAUGGUGGGAUGUUUUUGUGUCGGUAAAAGCAUGCAGUUUAUUAGCAUGCAGGUUAUUAGGCUACAUAUUAAGUAAAUUAUGAUUAACUUCACAGGGUGGCGAAGUGAAAGGUGAUGAGUUGAUGUUCCUUUCCAAUAAAUAUCAAGGGUCUGUUUCUGGCGACAUGAUGAUUGAUGCUUGGCUGCCAUUUGACAAAUAAAAAUAAUCUAGCUCUUAUCCAUAAUAAUUGCAUCAUUUAGGUAGCCUACCCGCACUGUAUCUGUGAGCUGUUGGCUAGAGUGCACAUACCAAGACCAGAAUACUACACUGAACAAAAAUAUAAACGCAACAUACAACAAUUUCAAAGAUUUUACUGUUACAGUUCAUACAGUAUAGGGAAAUCAGUCAAUUGAAAUAAAUAAAUUAGGCCCUAAUCUAUGGAUUUCACAUGACUGGGAAUAUUGAUAUGCUUCUGUUGGUCACAGAUAUCUUUUAAGAAAAAGUAGGGGCAUGGAUCAGAAAAUCUCAGGAUCUCGUCAUGGUAUCUCGCCAUCGAUAAAAUGCAAUUGUGUUUGUUGUCCGUAGCUUAUGCCUGACUGCCCAUACCAUAACCCCACUGCCACUAUGGGGCACUCUGUUGCCAACAUUGACAUCAGCAAACUGCUCGCGCACACAAUGCCCUACACGCUGUCUGCCGCCUGCCUGGUACAGUUGAAACUGGGAUGCAUCCAUGAAGAGCACACUUCUCCAGCGUGCCAGUGGCCAUCGAAGGUGAGCAUUUGCCCACUGAAGUUGAUUACGAAGCCGAACUAGUCAGGUCAAGAACCUGGUGAGGAGGACGAGAACGCAGAUUAGCUUCCCUGAGACGGUUUCUGACCGUUUAUUCAGAAAGUCUUCAGUUGUUCAAAUCCACAGUUUCAUCAGAUGUCCGGGUGGCUGGUCUCAGACGAUCCCGCAGGUGAAGAAGCCGGAUAUAGAGGUCCUAGAAUGGCGUGGUUACACGUGGUCUGUGGUUGUGAGGCCGGUUGGAUGUACUGCCAAAUUCUCUAAAAUGAAGUUGAAGGCGGCUUAUGGUAGAGAAAGUAACAUUGAAUUCUCUGGCAACAGCUCUGGUGGACAUUCCUGCAGUCAGCAUGCCAAUUGCAUGCUCCCUCAAAACUUGAGACAUCUGUGGCAUUGUGUUGUGUGACAACUGCACAUUUUAUGGUGGCCUUUUAUUGUCCCUAGGACAAGGUCCACCUGUGUAAUGAUCAUGCUGUUUAAUCAGCUUCUUGAUAUUCCACACCUAUCAGUUGGAUGGAUUAUCUUGGCAAAGGAGAAAUGCUCACUAACAGGGAUGUAAAAUCUGUGCACAUUUGAGAGAAAUAACAUUGGAUCAACACUUACAUGUUGGGUUUUAUAUUUUUGUUCAGUAUAUAUAAUUCAACAGUUGUUGUGACAAACGCAUCAAUAGAGUUGAAAAUAUGCUGAAAACCCAUUUAACUAGUUUUUUUUUUUAAAAUCAGGUACAUGUUUUGUUUUCUUUGCUGUCAUUUUACCCCCUCUUUUUUUGAUAUCCAAUUACGAUUUUGUCUCAUCGCUGCAACUCCCCAACAGGCUCGGGAGAGGCAAAGGUCGAGUCAUACAUCUUCUGAAACAUGACCGGCCAAGCCGCGCUUCUUAACAAUCGCUCGCUUAACGUGGAUGCCAGCUGCACCAAUGUUUUGGAGGAAACACCGUUCAACUGAUGACCGAAGUCAGCUUGUAGGCACCUGGCCCGCCACAAGGAGUCGCUAGAGGGCGAUGAGCCAAGUAAAGCCCCCCUAACCCGGACGACACUGGACCAAUUGUGCACCGCCCUAUGUGACUCCCAGCCUGGGAUCGAACCCCAGGCUGUAGUGACUCUGCAACACUGCGAUGCAGUGCCUUUGACCGCUGCGCCACUCGGGAGCCACGGUACAUGGGAAUUUAACCACAAAGGUUAUUAUUUAUGUGCUCUACGUCAUCACGCACAGUUUUUUAUCUACAAUAAGUCAGUCUGAUGGAAACAUCUUUGGUGGGAAAAUGUGCAUAUUGUUUUAUGUAGAUGAUAGAAUAUUCACAUGAAAAGGGAACUAUAGGGAACGAAACAGGGGUGUUAUUAAAUAUUUAUAUAUUAUAUAAUAUAAUAUUAUUAUAUAAUAUAUGUUAUUAAACACACUGUGUUAUUGUGUGUGAGUGGGAACCUAAAUAUAGAUUUUUCUAUUUCCUAGUGAGCUGCUUUUCACAUGAAAAAUGCGACGUAGAGAAACAAAAUAUAGAUAUUUUCUGUCUCUCACGAGUCAGACACAUGCUUUUUGGACACGUGUAAAGUUUCACAUGGAUUUUUCACGUUAUUUUUUCACAUGUUUAUUUUUCAUGUUUAUUUUCCACAUGACUCAGACACGUGGUUUCCCAAUACGUGAUAUUCUAAGUUUCACAUGUGUGCUUUUGUAACUGGCGGGAUUAGAUUAAUUACAUUCUAAAAUACAUGUCAUUACCAUGGUUCAUAUGUACACAUGUACAGUGGGGAAAAAAAGUAUUUAGUCAGCUACCAAUUGUGCAAGUUCUCCCACUUAAAAAGAUGAGAGCGGCCUGUAAUUUUCAUCAUAGGUACACGUCAACUAUGACAGACAAAAUGAGGAAAAAAAAUCCAGAAAAUCACAUUGUAGGAUUUUUAAUGAAUUUAUUUGCAAAUUAUGGUGGAAAAUAAGUAUUUGGUCACCUACAAACAAGCAAGAUUUCUGGCUCUCACAGACCUGUAACUUCUUCUUUAAGAGGCUCCUCUGUCCUCCACUCGUUACCUGUAUUAAUGGCACCUGUUUGAACUUGUUAUCAGUAUAAAAGACACCUGUCCACAACCUCAAACAGUCACACUCCAAACUCCACUAUGGCCAAGACUAAAGAGCUGUCAAAGGACACCAGAAACAAAAUUGUAGACCUGCACCAGGCUGGGAAGACUGAAUCUGCAAUAGGUAAGCAGCUUGGUUUGAAGAAAUCAACUGUGGGAGCAAUUAUUAGGAAAUGGAAGACAUACAAGACCACUGAUAAUCUCCCUCGAUCUGGGGCUCCACGCAAGAUCUCACCCCGUGGGGUCAAAAUGAUCACAAGAACGGUGAGCAAAAAUCCCAGAACCAACGGGGGGACCUAGUGAAUGACCUGCAGAGAGCUGGGACCAAAGUAACAAAGCCUACCAUCAGUAACACACUACGCCGCCAGGGACUCAAAUCCUGCAGUGCGAGACGUGUCCCCCUGCUUAAGCCAGUACAUGUCCAGGCCCGUCUGAAGUUUGCUAGAGUGCAUUUGGAUGAUCCAGAAGAGGAUUGGGAGAAUGUCAUAUGGUCAGAUGAAACCAAAAUAUAACUUUUUGGUAAAAACUCAACUCGUCGUGUUUGGAGGACAAAGAAUGCUGAGUUGCAUCCAAAGAAUACACCAUACCUACUGUGAAGCAUGGGGGUGGAAACAUCAUGCUUUGGAGCUGUUUUUCUGCAAAGGGACCAGGACGACUGAUCCGUGUAAAGGAAAGAAUGAAUAGGGCCAUGUAUCGUGAGAUUUUGAGUGAAAACCUCCUUCCAUCAGCAAGGGCAUUGAAGAUGAAUCGUGGCUGGGUCUUUCAGCAUGACAAUGAUCCCAAACACACCGCCCGGGCAACGAAGGAGUGGCUUCGUAAGAAGCAUUUCAAGGUCCUGGAGUGGCCUAGCCAGUCUCCAGAUCUCAACCCCAUAGAAAAUCUUUGGAGGGAGUUGAAAGUCCGUGUUGCCCAGCGACAGCCCCAAAACAUCACUGCUCUAGAGGAGAUCUGCAUGGAGGAAUGGGCCAAAAUACCAGCAACAGUGUGUGAAAACCUUGUGAAGACUUACAGAAAAUGUUUGACCUGUGUCAUUGCCAACAAAGGGUAUAUAACAAAGUAUUGAGAAACUUUUGUUAUUGACCAAAUACUUAUUUUCCACCAUAAUUUGCAAAUAAAUUCAUUAAAAAUUCUACAAUGUGAUUUUCUGGAAUUUUUUUCCUCAUUUUGCCUGUCAUAGUUGGCGUGUACCUAUGAUGAAAAUUGCAGGCCUCUCUCAUCUUUUUAAGUGGGAGAACUUGCACAAUUGGUGGCUGACUAAAUACUUUUUUUCCCCACUGUAAAUACACUCAUUCAAAAGUAAGUUAGCUAGCUAGCUACUUAGAUUGGCUACACUCAUGUAAAUGACAAAAUCUCACUAGUUUUCACACUGUCAAAACAAAAAAAUAAUACACCUCAGGAAAACAUGUUAUUCUCCUCACAUGAGAAAAGGUGGUAUUAACAUGUGAACUCUAAAUGUAAUACAUGUGAAAAUAUGGUUUUAUAUGUGAAAUUUAAGAUCAACAGUGAAACUGCAAAUUUCACACUUUUUUUUUGUAAGGGCAUGAGUUUACUUUAGCAUAUGCUAACAAUUACAAGAUGCCUUGAUGGAGAAACAGUGAAAUUAUGGGUAAUUGACAUAAAAUAUGACAGUGUUUUAGGCUUUCUGAACAAAGCGCCAUGUAUUACUGCGGAUCAGCCCCAUAAUGUGUCUGAUUAAUGAAAGAUUGGGCUGGCUCUCAACUGAUUCUGUGAAAAAUGAAUUCUGUAUUGUCUUUCCCGACAAGCCAGCAACCGUGUCCGGAAAAGACUAUUAGCUGGAAUCAUUAUCUAUAGCCAUAUUUUCAAACUCUAUUAUAGCAAUCAGGCUACAAUUUAUUCAAUAGAUUCAGUUCAUUUGGUCGUAAUUGAUAAAUAAUCAAAAUGUAUCAAUGUACACGUACACAUUUCACUAACACUCAGGGAAAGGUGCCCCAUUUACCAGCUGACUUGGUCCAAAUUAGGGCUACAUUUAUGAUCAAUUAAUCUUGGGGAGGGGUAUUGCUAUGUUUAGUUUAGGGGAGGGGGGGGGGGGGGGGGGGGGGGGGGGCAGCAUGUGGUUUAGUAAGUGAAAGUAGUAUAAUGUGCAAGGUCAAAGGAAAGGGAGUGAUCCUACUCAGUCAUAAUGUGCUGAGGCAUUAAAUUGCAUGGUGUGGCUACAGUAUAAUAAUUACUAGCACAUGUUCCUCAUUUACAACUACUCACAAACACUACUGACCCAAGUCCUCCACUAUAUCCUGUGUGUGUGUGUGUGUGUGUGUGUGUGUGUGUGUGUGUGUGUGUGUGUGUGUGUGUGUGUGUGUGUGUGUGUGUCUUUAGUUAAUGACAGUAAAUAUUAUAUUUUAUUUUACCUUUAUUUUAGCAGGGAGUACCAUUUACACCAAGGCCUGUUUUCCAAGGGAGCCCUGUAUCAACGGUAA